UCUGAUGUAACCGCUAACCUGCCUCUCUCAGCGGGCUGCACCGGCGGCACACAGACGCUCACUCACCGGACAGGACGGACGUGUUCAAUGAUGGAGGAUCGGCGGUGACUUCCACCCACAGCGGCCGGACUGAGGGCGCCUUCACCGGGGAGUGAACGCUCCGUGUAGCGGUGGUAGAAGAGCUCCGACGCCCCGCAGUGAAGAACAUAAACACGGUAACGGAGGCUCGUCUGAACAUAACGUUACAGCGAUGAUACGUUCACUGCCUCUGCAACGUGGAAAUCCAGCUGAAUAAACCAGGACUGCUGCUGCAGGUGAGUCAGUCAUGAUGGACGCGGUGUUUACCUGUUAAAAUGGCGUCACUGCUCUCAGAUUUCCCAUUAAUCAGGCAAAGUGACAAGGUGCAAAUAUUAAUUAAUUCCUCCCUUAUUUAUGGCCGUGUUUGGAUGGGCUACAGUGAUCAGGUGGCAUCCAUCAUUGUAGUUUUUAAUUAGACCAGAAUGAACCAGCUGCUCCAUUUAUUGAUUCUGGUGUUUGGAGAGAAUAAUACAGUAUGUUGACGUUGAUAUUGAGUCUCUGAUAGGGAUAUUACAGGAUGCAUUAGCCUGAUAGACCAUUAUGUUCCUCCUCUGUACUUAUUAACACAGGACGACAGGUAGUAGAUUUGCAGAACUAUUAAAUCUAAACUGUAAACACUAAAUUUACAGCAUUUAUGUGCAGUGUAGUUUGUUGUGCAUGGCUGUGUUAAACAUGUUGGCUGAGGGGCGUUGGAGGCCCUUAAUGAGCCUCAAAUUAAGAGCUUUUUGAGGCUCAGUCUAAUCUCAAAUAUGACAAAAUCUCAGCUAGAUUUAAUAUGUUUGCUUUUCCAAAUUUGGAUUUUUGACUCUGACAAACUAAUGUUGUUCCUGUGAUUAGAUUGGGCUUGUGUGUCAGUCAAUGACCUAUCUGAAUGGGUUGCUGUAAUGUCAACUGAGGCUUCAGCAACUGCGCUGAUGAUGCAACUUUUAAAGGUACAGGUAUAAGAGAAAGUAAAUGCAUCUAUCAUCUUGCCUCUAAAACAAUCCUGCCGUCACAUACCAGUCCAGAGCUCGUCCAUCAGAUGGACAAAGUUGGCAAGCAGCUGCUUGUAGAAGCGUUGGCUCUGCUUCGCUACUCUGAUGCACCUCCGCGCUCCAUCACUCUGGAUUUUAUAUCGACACUUUGGGAGUGGUAGAAAAAGAUACUUGUAAAUAUUUGCUCUGAUCAGAUGGCUGAACUGAGCAGCAUCUGUAGGAAUCUGAUGUGGGAUCUUGUUUCAAACCCUCUACUGCUGUGUCUGGAUUAGCAAAAAAACAUGUUGGGGGGUAUUUGUUUCUGUUCAGGCUUUCUAAAACCAGCUAGAAUAAAAUGUUGGCAUGUCUAGACUGGAUUUUUGUCACAACAGGGCUGAAGAGUCUACAUCAGCUUAAGUGGUGUAGUUGGUUAAGCUGUUCUUUGGGUGCCUCAAGUUAUAAAAUAACCUCUGAACCGUUUGGCUGUUGUCCAAUGAUUUUAUAUCCUCAGGGAACCACGGCAACUUAUUUGGCUUCCAGUGUAGCGAAGGGUAACGUCUGGAAUAAAGAGAGACAACAGCUUAAUGCACAGAGAAAGUCCUCAGUCGGCCUUCUUUACGCCCCACGCUGUGUUACUAUACUGUAUGGUACAACAUGAUGUGAUACAGUACUAUAUGAUCUGAUACAAUACAAUGUGAUAGCAUAUAAUUGACAAUAUGAUGUGAUACGAUCCAAUACAAUACAAUGUUAUACAAUAUGAUGUGAUGGGAUAUGAUGUGAUAUGAUACAAUACGAUUUGAUAUGAUUUGAUACGUAAGGAUCCAAUACGAUGUGAUACAAUAUGGUAUAUGAUCGAUACAAUACGAUACAGUACGAUAUGAUAUGAUAUGAUAUGAUAUGAUACAAUACGAUACGAUACGAUAAGAUACAGCAGGAUUCCAUACAAUGUGAUACGAUACGGUAUAUGGUAUGAUACGAUAUUUUAGGAUUUGACACAAUAUGAUAUAUGAUAUGAUAUGUUAUAUGUUAUGAUAUGAUAUGAUACAAUAUGAUAUGAUACGUCAGAAUUCCACAUGAUGUUAAACAGUUUGAUAUAUGAUACAAUAUGAUAUGAUAUGAUACGUCAGGAUUCCACACGUUGGAAACAAUAUGAUAUAUGAUUCGUUAUAAUACAAUAGAAAACGAUACAAUACGAUAGGAUAUGAUAUGAUAUAAUUUGAUAUGAUAUGAUAUGAUAUGAUAAGAUAGGUCAGGAUUCCAUAUGAUGUGAUACGAUAUGGUAUAUGGUACGAUACGAUAUUUUAGGAUCUGAUACGAUAUAUAUUAUAUGAUAUGAGAUGAUAUGACACAAUAUGACACGACAGGAUUCCACACGAUGCGAAACAAUAUGAUAUAUGAUAUGAUAUGAUACGAUAGGAUAUGUCAGGAUGCCAUACGAUGUGAAACGACAUGAUAUAUGGUAUGAUAUGAUAUUUUAGGAUUUGAUACAAUAUGAUAUGUGAUGUGAUAUAUCAUAUGAUACGGUAAUUUAGGAUUUGAUACAAUGUGGUGCGAUAUGACACAAAAUGAUUUGAUAUGAUGGGAAAAAAUAAGACACAAUACAACACAAUAUAUCACAAUAUGAUGCAAUACAAUACUAUAUAUGAUACAGUUUAAUAUAAUUCUAUAUAGUACAAUAAAUCAGAUGCGAUACAGUGCAAUCUAACAUGAUAAGAGACAAAUUGACUCAAAAUAAUAUGAUACAAUUCAACAAUGUACAAAAUACAGUACAAUACAACAUGACACGAUUUGGUCUUUAUAGAUGUUUUUUGGGCAUCUUUGGACUAUGAAACACUCAAAUGUCUCUGUUAUUGCUGACAUAUUUCAAUCUGGGUUAAAGUUGUUGACAGACCCACACAUCUUUCUAGAAAGUUGUUAGAAUUAAUAUGCUUUUCUUUAACAUGCUUGAAGAUUGGGAUUUUUUAAAAAGGACUACCUUCCUGUAUUGUUAUUUAAAAACGCCUUUGUACAUGGACUUCCACAGUUUCCUUACACUCGUUAAAAGACUUAGAUGUAGCGUGUCUUGUCUCACCUUCAGCCCUGAACGUAGAUAUAUUCAGUUUGUAGGUCACCUCGUGCUUACUCGCUGAAAACUCUCUGUGUCCUUGCUACGAAUGUUCUGUACAUCCUGCUAACAAUGCAGGAAUCCACAAAGCUGGAGCUAUUCUUAGACUCUGAAGGUGAACACACUAAAGAGGUGCUGUUGUUUGUGUGAUCCUCACCUCGCCGUUAACUUAUUCAGACGGACGCCGCAGUGGAAGCCAACACUCUCAAGGAAGGUCGCCUAGAAAGAGGUUCGCUGUCAGACUGACCGUCACCAGUGAACUUAAAAUAACCACAUAGUUUCCUGUAGAGUGGUAGUUAUAGGAGUUCAUGGGUCUUUGAAACAGUUAGUGGCGAUAAAGAAAAAGGCAAAACAAAAAUCCUCUGUUGUCCUAUUUGUUGAUCCAAUAACUAAAUGUCAAGAUAUGAGGAACAAAUGCCACUUCAAAGUUGGACUUUUCCUGCAGAACCUCUCGGGUUAAUCUGUCGUCAGUGAAAAGCUGAAAACCAUUUUAUAGUAACCGAGAAAUUGAUGAGAUUAGACUCAACCUAAAAAAUCAUGUAAGCCUCAAAGUUUAUAUUAUGAAGGUCAGGGAGUCACUAAGUUCAGUAUAGUUCAGCUGCUGGGGAUCAUGAAUAUCUGUGCAGGAUAAUUUUAAAGUGCAUCAUAUACGUGGUAAGAUAUUUCAGUCAACACAAAAAAAAUGAAACCUAUUUUCUCGAAAACAUCAGUUAAAGUUUUAUGGUCUGUUGUCUGGGUCUAAUAUAUAUUUGUAUUCAGUUACAGUGCAGAUGAUAUGAUAGUUUCGGGAUAUUCAUUUUGAAUUGAAGCUGUUAACCUUAUGAUGGUUUUUGAGGACAUGUUACAAAACACAAAUCUCAGCGGUUAUCCUCUGAGGACCAUGAAUACCAGUACAAGUUUUCAUGACACAGUAAUUUAGAUAUAUAAGUAAAACAAGAUAUGUCUGCCUCCUACAAGAUAAGUUUAACUGUCAUAGUAUUAAGUUAUUUAUCCUCUGGUAACCAUGAAUAUCUGUAUCCAGUUCCAGUAGAUGGCAGAUAAGUUAAUCUAUUUGGAAUGUUUAAUUUUAAAUUGAAACAAUCGACCUCGCUGAGCUUUGUCACCUUCAUUGUAGAUCUACCGAGACAGGUUUAGGUACCACCUUGGUCAUUAGGAGUCCUCCCCUGGGGAUCACAAAUCCAGGUCCAAAUGUCAUGUCAGCUAGUCGGACAGUUUUUACUUCACGAUUCAUUCAAAAUUAUUUAAACUAACAUCCUAAUGGGUCUUCAGGGAAAAAUCAAACAACACAAACAUUUUAAAGGUUCAUUCUCUGGGCACCAUGAGAUCCUGAACCAAAAUUUCUGUCAGUUUAUCACCUAAAUGUUAAUCUAUGACAGGCUUGAGUUGGUUCUGAAAGUUCUAACUCGGUUAUGAGACCUCUGGAUUCAGACCUAAUCAACUCUCUGAUUGUCCUGAAUAGGAAUUUAGGGUUUCACUGAAGUCUGAGGACGCGUCUGGAGGGGACCAUGAAUAUCAGUGCCAAAUUUUAUGGUGAUCUAUUUUAAAUUUCCCUGAGGCCCGAAAUGGUGGACCUGAUCCGACAUUGUUUAUGCAUGGACUCAUGCUUCUUUCAUGGCUAAAUGGUCUUUCUGAUUAUCCAGUGAUUGCACCAGUUCAUUAAAUUUGUAUCAUGCGGCCUCAUAAUCAGCCCGACCAUCAGAUCCGCUGCCUAAUGUUCUGGUCCUGUUUCCUCCCAUUUCAGGUCCAGUGUGCAUGAUUUUAAUGUGUGUGACAGAAGAUGGAGCCUCACAGGAUCUGAUUAUGGGGACAAAAUGAUUAGGUUUGCUUUAAUGAAUGCUGUUAGGAAGUAGCCGCCGCAGAAAGAAUGAGUCAUGAUAUUGAUUGCCGCCCUCCUCCUUCAGUUGCUCCUUCUCUCUAGAAACCUCCCAACCCCACCCCCCCUCUUUCUCUGAAGAGUCUAUCCAUCCAUCCUCCUGCUUCAAAUUCAUAUUUCUGAGUUCAUUUUUUCUCUCCAUCCCUUCGUGACGCGCUUGUUUGCCCCCCUCUCCCUUCCCCAAAGAUACGUCAGAGAGGAUUUGCAGAGAGGUGGCAUGCAGCCAGGCUGAGGGCUGCAUACCAAUAACGACAUGACUCGCUUGGCUCUCCGGUCUGGAUGAGAGAGAGAGAGGAAAGAAGGGAGGGGUGGGAAGGGGAGGAGAGGGGAGGGGGUCUUGUCACGAGAUGCCACGUCAUCGCAGUGUGUGGAAUCUAUUUUUAGCAGCGUAAACAGAGGGAUUCCAGCCCACUGAUCAUGGCUUCACAGCGAGGACUGAGUGGUGGGAGGCUGGAGACGCUCUGGAUGUGAAUGAACGACACUUUCCAUUAAGUCCUGACUGUCUGCCUCCCGCCGCCGUCGCUCCCCUCCCUCCGCCUCGGCCUGUCGAGGAGAAACACUGCACCACAAAUAGACCGACAAGCUCACAGUCUGACGCUUUCUCCUCUGCAGCCUGCUUCACAUGCAUGAACAUAUGUACUCGUACAGUCUCGCCUACGGAGUGCUGUAUGUGGUACAGUAUGCAACCUGUAAUAAUAACAACCAUCAGUGUUAUGCUUUCCUGACACCUCCACAGAGCUUCACUGAUUAGACGACGGCCACCUUUGAUUUUCAGAUUAAACUAAAUUUCAGUGUGUGUUGGUACGCAAAAUGAGCGCAGAUAUACAGAUACUGAACAAGUGGAAUAAUUCUGCCUUUAAUAUUUAUAGAUCAGCUGAUCCUAAAUACAGCCUCUGAUUGGUCAAAAGUCCAAAACAAACAUGGCAUCUUUCAUCUGGCGUAGGUAACUAAUAAAAAAAUGACACAAUUCCACUAAAAAGAAUACAUGAAUUAUCACAGAUUACAUUUGACUUUGGAGGUCUGGAUUCAGACAGUCCCUGAAAACACACUGGUGGUUUGCUAUGUAGAAUAGAAAGUCUGCAAAUGUCGCAAAAACAUGUGGAGUUUAUCCCCUGAGAGGUGCCGGCCUCACAGAGCGAGUAGAUUUUAUUGUAUGUUCCUACAUUAUACUCAUUUAUUUCUAUUAGAGCUGAUACUGUGGAUCCAGUAAUAUGUUGUGAAUAUCAGCAUUGACCCCCAAACAGAAGACGUGCUACUGUUAUCAGCUAAACUUUAUUUCAAGAGAAAUAAAAACUUUAUAUUGAUAUAAGUUGAUACGAUUUAUAUGUUAUCCUGAUAAUUAUCUGGCUGUUUACAGGAAAAAAAGAAUAAAAUUGACUCAAAAUAUUAAUUUAAAGACAGCUUUGUCAAUUAAAGUAUAACUAUCGUUAACAGGCAGAGGAGAACAGCCUUUGACACAGUGGUAAAAUUGGAACCCGUUUUCCCAGAUUGAUGCGCUAAUGGUGCGUUCCAGUUGUACUCGGAAGUCGGGAUUUCUGAGCUCCAAAUCAGAAAUUAAUCUGAAACGCCCCCCUAAACCAGACGAUCCUCACCAACCCCGAUUUAGUGACAAUGUCAUAAUUAAAGAUGGCAGUGCAGUGCAUCAAACGUAAAGAGUAACAGUGAAAGCUCUCGUAAUCUAAUAUUUAUUAGCACUUCUGUUUUGUUUUUGUAAAAUUAAAUAAGUGGUAUGUGUUUUACUGCCCAACGUCUAACUGUGAACACGGUACUAUGGUGUUUGUAAGAGUAAAAUACUGUGUUGUGAGUUGUUUACAACUGGUUUAGCUAACAACAACAACUAAUAAUUAUGGACAACAGCUAACAAUUGCUAACUGUAGGCGUCCAUCUUGGUUUUUCGACUUGUUAACUUGGAACGCCACCAACUCGGGUGUAACGUCAUUUCCAACAGUGUCUAAUAAGCCCAUGGGGCUGGGCACCAAUUUUGGUGUAUGACACUUAAAUAAAAUUAUCAUAUCAUAUCAUAUCAUAUAUCCAGGUCCGACAUCCGACUUCCAAGGUAACUGGAACACAGCCUUAAACGUGAGCUCAGGUCGUCUGUGGUGUUACUUCUGCUGUUCAGAAGAAGUACAGCAGCUGGGCAAUUACAGUUUAUGACGAUAAUAAAUUAUUUUCUACACAUUAAAUGUCUGUAAAAUCAGAGACAGAUUCACUUUACUCUGUGCUGAUUGGUCUCUUUGUCGUACAUUUAUUAAUUUCAGGUCCCACAAGGGACACGAGUAUUCUGCAGAACUAUUAAGAGGAACAAAAGAUUUUUCGAUUAUUAUUCUGCUGUUUAUACUUACUCAUAUUUGACUCUGUUUUGUGAUUUCCUGGUGUACGUGAUUCUCCUAAUUCUUGAACACAGCUGAUACAAACAGAAUGGAUUUAUAUAGAUCUUCAUUGUCACAGUUUCCAGCUGGCACUCAGAUGGUGCCCUGGCAGAGACGUAUCAAAUAUAGAUCCAUACCUUUGUGACGUCCCCUGUUGCUCCUGAGGGGCCCGUUUGUGAGUCAUGUUGUUGAGGGGAGGGUUCGAAACUGUCACAUUUGACCACGUUAGCGGCGGUGGCUUUGAGCACUUAGUCUAAUUAACAGUCCGGGUGCUUUGUAUGGAUGCAGCGAGGCAUUGCGCCCUCAUCAAAUAUUCACACACUCACACAUAUUCAGCAGUGUGAGGCAGCUCCCUGCUCACCUGAUACUCUGAACGUCACUGCGUUAGUUAAAAGUAAUCUCUGAGCAUCUGUUUCCUCACAGGUCAGACUGAUUGAUAGUCAUGGUAACGGCUCGGUGUGGCUGCUGCUGUCUGCAACAGUCAAGCUUUGGGCUCAAAAUGUUAAAUUAAGUCCAGCAAUGUCAUUCCUCUGUGUUAGUUUUACAGUCUGUCAUACCUUUGGCGAAAGACUCUGCCAAGCUCUUUUGUAUGAGAGGGGCUGCUGCGGUUUUGGUUUUUGGUGCAGCGGGUGCGCCACGUGUUUCGUCUUCAGGUGGUGGAAGAGGUUGUUGGUGUUUCCUCCUCCAGCAACGACAGCCACACGACACUCUUUGCAUGGUAUUGUUUUUUGAUCAUUGUUGGAUUUCGCAACUCGCGCCACUUUUUCGGGAUAAGUUCCUCCUCCUGUUCCUCGUGUUGGGUGGGUCGGGCUGCCUUCAUUUGCUCGGUACUGCCACUAAUCUCUGCGUCCGCUAUGACCACCAUCAGUGAAGCUGUUUCUUCUUCACUGAAACUCUGCUAAGCAGUCUGCUGGACACGCUGGUGAUUAGAGGGAGCGCAUGCAAACCUGACCAGCUCUCACUUUGAUCUUAAAGGGACUAGAUGGUUUAAAUUAGUGAUCCCCUGACCCCAGAGGCCUUAAGGGAAACAGUCCCACAACCAGGACUAAAUCCACAUUGUUCUUCCUGUUAUGACCCUGAAAACAUGAAAGGAUCCUCAAAGUCUUAAAGGGAUAUUCCGGCCUAAAAUUAAUUUAGGGUCAAACACACUGUAACACCGAGUUAGACGCCCUCUCGAGAGAUGAAUGUUGCCGACCACUUGCUUCUCUAGUUAUACCAACUUUAGUAAAGACCACACGAUAGCAAUACACAGCGGUCUGAGGAGUCAUAAACAAACCUCAACCAAAACGCCACUCUAUAGCCACAAAUAAUGCUCAGAACAGCACCUAACUUCAUCAACAGGACAUAUAGGGUCCCAGCCACAGUACUAGCCACCAAACAUCUUUUUAACUUUGACUAAUUUCUUUAGCAAAGAGACUAAACACAACUCAUCUACUCUCUUUUAGCAGCCGCUUGUUUGUAGUGAGACCUCAGGCCAGUCCAUUACAGACUGUUGCGGGGUGACACAGCUCAAGGAAGAACAUUUAUGACCAUUACUUCAUCAUUUCCUUGAACUAAUAAUCACCAUAUUAAUCAUUUUGCGCUGCAGACGCGGUAGUUCUUCUGCCUUAGUGUCUCAGUCUGAUUGCAUUUUCAUGAAGAAAUGAUCAUAAAUGUUCUUCCCUGGGCUGCAUCACCCCGCUGUAGUCAGUAAUGGACUGGCCUGUGGUCUUGCUACAAACAAGCGGCUGCUGGAAGAGAGCAGGUGAGUUGUGUUUAGUCUCUUUGCUAAAGAAAUCAGGCAAAGUUAAAAAGAUGUUUGGUGGCUACUACUAAGGCUGGGACCCUAUAUGUCCUGUUGAUGAAGUUAGGUGCUGUUCUGAGCAUUAUUUGUGGCUAUAGAGUGGCGUUUUGGUUGAGGUUUGUUUAUGGCUCCUUAGACAGCUGUGUAUUGCUAUUGUGCGGUUGUUACUAAAGUUGAGUAUAACUAGAGAAGCAAGCGGUCAGCAACAUUCAUCUCUUGAGGGGGUGUCUAACUCGGUGUUACAGUGUGUUUGACCCUAACUUAAUUUUAUGCCAGAACAUCCCUUGAAGGGUUCAUCCUCUGGAGAACAUGAACCAUAUUUAACCUAUUAAAUUUGUUUUUUUUAAAGUUAUUUCAGUCUGAUCUAAGACGAUAGAUUAAUCGCUGCCCCUGAAACGGUCUUGUAUUUUCUGUGUAAUGAUUUUUUUCGCCUGGUUUGGCAGUCAGACAUUAUGGAUGAGAGUAAUCAGGAGAUGGACCUGUAGUCUUAACGGAUGCUUAAUCUCCAGGACAAAUCACAGUGGGUGAAAGGUCCAAGUGUUGCUGCUCUCUGCCUCUUGAAUGUAAAUCCACCUUGGAGGCCCUGGAGUGGAGCCAGACAGUAAUAGUUUCAGCUGAGGAGUGGAUCUUUUAUCUCCGGGUUUUCAAAUCUUCUCUGCUCCAAUAACAACUGUCUCUCUUUCUUCUGGGCUGCCGUUUCUUCAUCUACAUCUCAUUUAUACCUCCACCUCUUUGCCCUCUUGGAUCUCUGUGCGGUCUUGUUAACAUUGAUGUUCAGGUGUCAGAUAUAAAGACCCACCAAUUCCUCUUUCCCUUCCCUUCAUUCCUCAGCACAUCCUCCCUAAACAUCUGUUUCUGAUGUUGAAGGUAAAGGUGUAAAGGUGAAGCUGUGAAGGCAGGAGAAACACUGAUCUGAUGAAGAGGUGUUGAAAGAAGCAGCAACGAGGAGUCAGCAGGUGUUGAGAUUGACCACUGCUGUCAUCCUUCACAUCCAUAUUUGUAUAAGUAAAGGUGAAUCAAAGAUGAGUGAAAGCUCGAUGGCAAACACGUCAAACCUCGACCGCAGGAAAUCCUCAGACAAACUAACUCACAGCUGAGAAACCAGCAGAGAGACGGAGUUAAGGCGUAGCCUUGCUGUGUGAUCGACGGUUUCAAGUACCCGCCUGUCAGUCAAAUGAUUCCUUUGUAUGCAUGAUGGAAACCGACAGCUUUGAAACCUCUGUGAGCGGUUUGAACUUGUUAUGAGGAAGACUGAGACCAACACGGAUGUCUUUUUAUGAUCUAAGAUGACAGUUUAUUUAUCUCCAUUUUUAGUCUUGAAACCAAUGUGUGUUAGCCUUAUAUUCAGACAAUGCAAGCGCUAAAAUAACUUUUGUAGAUGUAGCCUUCUUGUUUCCGCCUCCGAUUUUGCUUUUUUCUGACUUGGUAACUGAAAUGCUGGGAACUCGGGUGUGACGUCAGUUCAGACUUCUGACUUCUGAGGUAACUCGAACGCAGCCUAACUUUACAUGUACUGUCAGCAAAUAAACAAAACAUCAGAAGUUCCUCACAGUAGCUUUAAUGUAGUUAAAAUAGAUUUUUUUAAAAUAACAGUUUUUAGAAAAAGAGAAAAAUGAGCUAAAGAGAUGUAAACGGCGCUCUUUAACAGGCUUUUAAUGUGUUUAUUUUUAAUGUAGCAGCAGUAACAGGGUAAGCUCGGUUUUCUGAGACAGUCUCAAGUGGACAGUUGAGGAACUGCAGUCUUUGCAUUUGAAACAGCCUUUUUUUUCUGUUGUCAAAUAUUUUUAGGUAACCCUUAAAAAAAAGUCUCAGAUAUUGCUGGUUUACUUUUUGCAAAAAUGUCCAUUUUACUCGUGUUGUUUCAAAGGUGUUGCAGUGAGUGACCUUAACACUCCUGUGAGGAAGUUUUUGACAUUUUUACAACAGACCGGAAUUUAAAUCGAUGAUUUUUAAUGAUGUACAAAAGCACACAAGAUUGACUCUUUUUUUGUGUAAGUUUUGAUACCCGUAAAAAGGCACAUAGGGGUCGGUUUCUGUAGAGCAGGUUAAGGAAAAAUCAUUUUUUACACUUUCAGCAAUAAGUAUUUACAAAAGAUGACAUAUUGACUGUCAAAAGUAAGCAGUAUUUACAAUUUUAUAUCAGAGGGCACUAUUUUCACCUGUAGAGGACAGGAUAAGCAAAGACUGCUUUGUCCACAGGGGGCAGCAAAACUGACACAGAGCAAAAGUUCCUCACAGGAGCUUUAAUGAGUAGAAGAAUUAAAACAAACUGUUGAUUUAAGGAACAAAAAUCUUAAACAUAAUUUUUUAUACAUUUGUUUUUUUAAAAUGCAGUGAGUGUCAUCACAGGUAAUUAAACCAACAGGGGUCUAGGUGACCGACAUUAUCAGCUGGUUUCCCUCCCGUUACACUAGCUGAGGCAUCAUCGCCGCCAUUUACCGGCAACACUGAGGGAGCAGAGCAAUUUGAGCAUCAGCACACCACCCCGCCACAACCAUCACACCGCUCUCUGCUGUCAACCCCCCCUGUCUCCCCCCUCUGCCUCCCCUCCACCUCCACCGCCGCCCUGAGCUAAAAAUAGCCGUCCUCUCUCAUCAGCCAGUCGUCACGUCAGGGCUGCGUUCUCUCUCAUUUGCUGCACACACCUCUUUUUAUGCUGUCAUGUUUUGACAGCAUCAGACGGACACAUUAACCGGGGGGUUGAACACGUUCAGAGAAAAGAGACUUCCAGAAAAUUUAAAACACAAAGAGUCUGAUUUAAACUCCGAUAUUUUUUUUUUCCCUCUGAUGUGUCAAAGUGGGUUUCGACUGCGCUUCUCAAACUGGAUUGAGGAAGGAAGUGGUUUCGAAACAUGACUUCUGCUCCAUAUUGGGUAUUUAUGCAAUAUGAGUGAGACAGUUUGGAGAACACACUCCAUCGCAGAGCUGAGUGUUGGUUCAUCUGAGCGCUAAAUCCACGUCUGUGCACGACUCAAACACCAUCAGCUGCUCAUAGAGUCCUUUUCUGUUUCAUUCACAGGAGGAAACGUCGCUGGAGAUGGACUACAGGUCAGUAAAUGAUCAUCUGAUAAUAUUUCCGAUCAGCUGAGAGCUUUUUGAACCAUUACUGUAAUAAGAAAGUGGAAAUUCAACCACUGGAAAUCAGUUCUUUUGUAUUAACGAGACAAACUGAGGGUUAAACUUCUAUUAUCUGUAACUUUUGAAUGUCCAGUCUUUGCCUGAAUGGAAAAAAAGUGGUGAGAACAUAAAAUAUCAAAUCUAUGUCUGCACCACUUCAGCACCACGGACAGCGAUCAGGGGUCUUUAUAAAAUGAGUAAUUUUUUUACAACUUUACAAAAAUCUGGACCACAUUUUUAUAGUUCUGUUAUUUUAUUAAUCUUUUCAUAGAUCCUGCUGUUUCUCAUUUUGUUUUCCCUAAUUUAUCAGAGUGGGAAAAUCUCUUUUUUAUUUUCUUGAAUUUGUGCAGGUCUUGGUUGUAAUGGUUUUAGAAAAGAGGGUCAUUUUCUUCUUCUUCCUCUUGUGUGUGGGUUGUUGGUAGAGCGCAGACAAAGAGAACUAGAGACUAAAACGAGGAUUGGAUUCUAGGUUGGCGGGGAAAUUUAAGCCUCAAAUAAUGUAUGUAAAUGUGGAUAACGCGCCUCCAUGUCCUCUAAUUUGAGCUCACCGCAUGAAUAUUCCUACUCCUCCACCUUCUUGUGUAGGAAAUGUCAAACUAACAGAGAGGAUUUCAGCAUCUUUGAACCUAAUAAUAUUUACCCAAACUAACAGUCUGAUAUUUAUACAUUUAAUGAUACUCUCCGCCUAAGAUCUGAUCAGGACUGAGUUCAGCUCUUCUUUUAAUGUUCCCUGCUGUCAUUCCUCGCCCAGCAGCACCGUGUCCCCUCUACGGACUCACAGGUGAGUCCUGUUUGUUGUUGUUGAAGAGUGAGACAGCUGUUUGUCCAUCAAAUCAAUACACAGAAUCAAUAACCCAGAAUACUUCCACAAAGCGCUACUUAUAAGUCGUUUAAGUGUGAUGACUGUCCAAUCAGGAUGGCUUAGAUCGCAGCACUCGUCCCCCAUUUUUUUAGGAAAUCAUCACUGUAUUAAUCUGCCUGAGUCAAUAGUGUUAUUCAGUGGUCAGGUAACGAUAAGAGCUCCCUCUGCUGGAUCAAAUGGCAAGCUGCUUUAGAUGGAAUAUUCUGAAUUUGAAUGGCCUGUUAUAGUUUAAAUACAAACUUAACCUCUGAGUUUGAACGAAUAUUUACAGUGAUAGCAGAUAAAAAAUGACAAGUGACAAAAUAAUAACACUCUCAAUAUUUAACCACAAUGGUUUUGUAGAUUUCUGUCCAACCAUCUGUAAUGAUUCAGACAAAAAUAAUGCAAGUAAUGAUUGUAUCUUUGAAAUAAUAAACAAAAUAAAGUCAAGUAUGAUUUUGUAAUUUUACACAAAUAUACUCAGUAAUAAAUCUGAGGAUUCUAGGCUCAGAAAUUUUAAAACAGAAAUUCUCAUUAAAGGCUGAUUUCUGUCUCAAAAAACAUUUCAGAUCACCUCGGAGCUCAUUUGAGAAAAAUUUUUUAGGGUCUGUUAAAAAAAAUGUCACUUUUUAGCCCCGCUGUUGUUGGCUUGUUAGCUUAUUAUACAACUUUUUUACCUCUGAUACGAUACUGAUUUUGAUAUAUUGAUAUUGAUAUCCGUCUUCGGACUUCAAUGAAAAAUAAUGCCACAGGGCCAACAUCACUCCUACUCCUGGGUACUUUGUUAGUACCUUAGUACAGUGGUUCUCAACUGGUCUCACUCUGGGACCCAAAUUUUCCCAUGGUCCUUGUGUCGCGACCCACUUUUAUAGAAUUCAAUCCAAGCAAUUGUUUUUUUUUAAUCAAAAAACCUUAAAGGCUCUAAUCUUUAACAUAAAUUUACUUGUUUUGUUGAGUAAAGUGCAUUUCAGAGCACAUGAAGGGGACAACAUGAGGAGGACAACUACUGAAGUUGCAUAAACAAAAAAUAUCAAAUAUCUAAUAAAUAUCGCAUUAAAUAUUUACUUUUUUGACCAGCUGUUCGUGACCCAUUCAGAAUGUGUCUGCGACCCACUUUUGGGUCAGGACCCACCAGUUGAGAACCACUGCCUUAGUACACACUGUUACGUAGUCUCUACAUGCCAGAUCCGGGUGCUGUUAGAUAGAGGUUCUGGAGUCUGGAAUGGACUGCUUCUAUCCGAGUGCGGAUAUAGGAGGUUUUAGAUGCAGGUCGAUAUUUGAUUUUUUUUGUUCAUAUUGAACCGAUAUCUGAUGUCAGUAUCAUAUCAGGACACCCCUACUCUCAUUAUCACUACAGCCGCUCUCUUGUCAUACUCAUUCUGUCCCUUGGCUUUUCAGACACACACACACACACACACACACACACCUGCCUCCUCCUUGUGCACAUUUUUUUCUCAUUUAAAGAUGACAGAAUAUCAACCAUGAUGAAGUUACUGUUUUAUAUUUUUGAUCCUGAGACCCCUCUACCAAAGUACCACAUUAUGAUAACAGAAUUAAAAUCUCAGCUGCGGUGAAAAAUAAAGGCUUCAGUGGGAUUCAGAGCGGGCGUAUGCUGCAGCAGCCAGUAUGACGUCCUGACAGAUGCCAUCAGUGAGAUCAGAGGAGGCAGCGUGCAGAAUCCUGCAGCCAAACACAGCUCCUGUUUUCUGUUUGAAGCUUCAGGAUGAGUAACAGGAGCGUCUGCGGAGGAAAGAUGUGUCUGACAAGAUCACAAAUUAACAGCCGUAAUUGUGGCAGAUGUUCACUUUGUGGAUCUGUGUGUGUGUGUGGGCUGAUUCUGUUAGCGUGUGUUCUGCUGAUGCUCAGAUAAAGUGUGUGUGUGUGUGUGUGUGUGUGUGUGAUGGGAGGAGGACCCAUCAACAAGUCAUUUCAUUCUGAGGAUCUCUGCAGCCCGUAGAUAAAACCAGAGAGCGAGGAGGAGGGCGAUGGUACGAAUCACAGACUCGUCCUCCUCACUCUGGAUGACAGAAAAUUUAAUCUUUCUCUCUUUUGUGAUCUGCUUUAAUAAAAACUCUCCGGGCUGUUCUUCCUCCUGCUGGAUGUUGUGUUCAAACCCGGCUUUAAAGGUGAAGCAGCAGCCAUGUGAUCCCCUAUAGGAGCGCCGGCUGCAGGUGGGAUAUUUUUAACCUGAAACCCACUGAGAUGUGUCGGCUGGAUGUAAUUAAAGAGACGUUUAUAAAGCACCGACAUCAUGUGAGUCAGAGAGUUCAUCCCACGCUCACAGCGCUCACUCAGAGCACAUCAGGUCUCAUUCAGAAAAUAUGAGCGCAGCUUUAUGUUCAUGGAAAAAAGAGCAGAGAGUCCCGUUUUCUUAGAAAGUGUGGAAAAAUAAUUAAAAGUUUGAAAAUAUUUUACUUUCUAGUCACAAAGAGGAUAACAAUCAGUCAGGGGUGUACCCGGAUUUUUGAGGGGCAGGGGCAAAUAAAGUGAAAAGGGCACCGCUACUGUAAAAAUUUCAUUUGGCAAACUUGGACAGCUGUUUGUCUAAAAACAGAUUUAAAAUAAUUAAGAAACCCUGAUACCCAAAGUGUGGGAAUUAUUUAAACAUUUUCAAAAGUCAGAGGAGAGUCUGAGGGUCUGAAACUUAAUUUUUUACAUUCUGCAGAAUAUUUCUGCAACAUUUAAAUGAUUUAUAAGAAAAUAAACAAUUGAAGCUCAAAUUCUACUUAGAUUUAAUCAGGUAAGACAAACUAAGUUAGCACUCAGAUGAAAUAAAGAGUUUUGAUAGUGUUAAACUUGGCUCUAAAAAUAAAUAUGUGCUGUAUAGAAAGAAAAAUUUACCUGAGGGUAGCUUAUCACUUUUUUAAUUGGAUGGACAUUCAGUGAGCACUAUUUCCUCUUAAUUUAACCAGAAGGCAUCAAGGAGACUCUUUGUUUUCUACAUUUAACAAACUGGAGGGGUGUCCAGGGACUAUUUUUUUACAUUGUGUAUCUAAAAAAAGGACAAAAAAGAGCACUUUUUAUGUUAUAUUCUCCAAGAGGAUUCAAAAAGGGAACUGUCUUCCCAUGUUAAGUAUACUGAGAUGUAUUAAGAGAUUUUUUUACUUAAAUCUAGAAGAAUAAAGGUCCUUACACACCGAAAUAUUCAGAGGAGAAUUUUGACGCGCCUGACUGUACACAUCAAGCCCAAUGCGAUUUUGCGACUUUUCGGGGGGAAAAAAGACGUGUCCCGGGUGUAAGCGAGAAGACUGACACAACACCAGACUGACUGUUUUUCAGUUCUGAUCAGACACUAGUGUUGAGAUGACUGUCUGUCAUGAUAGCAUGUACUGAGUCGGGGCCAGUACGAAAUAAGCACAUUAAACUAUAAUCCAUAAACAUAAGGUAACAACCGAGACCUAAUGGUGCUGUGACAGCAACGUGAUUGAGUUUGAGACAGUGAAAAUACAUAUUGUAUGUUGUAUCUGAACAGGUUAGCUGAUGAGCUAAAGUUACUUAGCACAGAUGAAAGUUAAAACAAAGACGUUGGCAAACUAUUAAAGCACACAAACUAUCGUCAAAUGAGAAAUCCGACGCUAUGACUCUCCACAAGUUUUUUCUCAGGUCGUUAUCUUUGUAAUGUUUGUGUCUUUUAUCAAAAAACACUCUGUUCUCCGACACGUGAACAAUCAGCCAGUCGGCCAUGUUGAUAUACCGGUGAAUCUGACGUCGCAACAACACGAAAUCUGAUUGGUCAGAAGUGGAGACACAGUAUGCGAAACUUUAGAAAAAUCUACUGUGAUCCGAAAAAAUAAAUGCCGCAAUAUUGUAGGACAGGAAAACGUUGCCGAUGUGAACGCUUGUAUUGACAGGAUACGGUUUCGAAAAAAAAAAAAAAGUGAAAUAAUUGCACGAAAAAAAUGCUCCUGGUGUGAAAGGACCUUAAGGGGGGCACUUUUCCAUCUUAAUUUAACCAGAGGGCAUGUAGGAGGCAUUUUUCACAUUAAACAAACUAGAGGGGUGUCCAGGGAGUAUUUUUUAUGUUAUAUAUUUCAAAAACGGACAAAAGGAUUCAAAAAGGCAAAUUUCUUUCUAUUAGGAGAUUUUUUUAACCUAAAAUCCAGAAGAAUAAAGGGGGCACUUUUUGAUGUUUUGCCUACUGCAGGGGAUCCAGAGGAGUGUUUGUGUUUUAUCUGCUGGAAGAUCAUCUAUAGGGCACUUAUAUUGUAGAAAAGCAGCUACCAAUGCAGAUAAUUGUGCAUUUUUAAUGAAAAGGGCAACAAUGAGGGCAUUUGAUAAUGUUUUAUGUAUGUUUGGAGCGUCCAGAAGGGCACUUGUGUUUUUACAGACAUGAGGUAACAGAGGAGGCAGGCUAAUGUUGAGGAUAGUGUACAGUUAACUACUGGUUAUGCAAAAUUACAUCCCGGCAGUGUGAGACAACGCUUUAAAUUUUCCACACCACAGAUUUCAGAUGUUUGUUUGCACAGCAGCAUGUUUGUUAAUUUUACUUCUUCUCUGGUUUGUUAGUCAAAAGAGAAGAGCCGAGUUCAGAGUGCUCAGCCGGCUCAUUCAAAUUCUGUGACCGUCCUGCGUGAGAAAAACACACAAACAGGACGGUCACGACUCCUGCAAACAGACUCACAACCAUCAGAGUGGGUGAUCCAUCGCCAGCAGCAGAGCUUCAAGUGAUUCCUGCAGAUGUUCAGGACGGCCUCCCUCCACAGAAUUAAUAAAAACACAAUUACAGUCUUUAGAAAACGUCACCUUUAUAUGAUGACAAAAGGAUGUGUGAGCAGAGGUUAGCUGCCAGCUUCUUAGUUUGGUCCAAUGUUUUAUUUGGCACAUUUAUCAGAGCAGGAUAUUCAUAAGGAGGUUUAAAUUUGUGUUUACCAACCUGGAUAGAAAUAAUAACCCGGGUCUGCUUUCAUUGAGGCUCCCAUCUUGUAUUGCCAUGUUUCUACGGUAACACAGAAUGGACAAACUAGUACUUUUUCAUAUUUACCGAGUAGCUAUUGUAAAUGCACUGUUUGGUAUUUAUAAGAAGUUUUUCAUGGUAAAAAGUGAAGAAGUGGAGGCUGAUACUUUUAUGCAUCACAGGAACUUUUUGUCCUCAGAGCUCUAAACUUGAAAGAAUAAAACUUUGUGGAUUAAUACAAGAUAAAAAAUUCAGGAAAGACACAUUUGUAUGAUAUAACAUACCUGCAGACCUUCUUGUGCAGGUACUUUUAAGGCAUAUCUCAUGACUUUUCCCAACCCUUUUUUUACAAACUUAUUCAGGCAUUUUAGGACUCUUUAGUUUGUGUUAUUGUGUUCGUAGAUUUGUCAUCCUCGGCUCUUUGUGCUGAAUUUAACUCCAGAAAACGAUGACAUUUACACUAAAACCUACAGAGUUAAUUUCAUGGAUUGAUUUAUUUUGAUGGAAGUGAAAUUCCUGCACGUCUGAGUCAAACUUCCUCGCAGCACGUCGAUCUCCAAACCAGCAGAGAGUUGAUUCUGGCUCAGAGCUGAAAAAAAGGCCAUCAAUCUGUUGGGCUGCACCACCAGCUUCCUGCAUCACAACAAAACCCACCAAUUGGGGCUCAGCCUCAUGCGUCACCAUGGUAACAGAGCUGCCUCAGUCUGCAGGAGGUGGGGACAGAAACGGGGGGAGUAAAGGGAGGAAAGCAGGAGAGAGGUGGAUGAAGGGAGGAAGAGGAGAAGGAUCCUCAGCUUCUCUGGUUUCACAGCGAGGAUUUUAAGACGGAGUUCCUUCCCCCGAUGAAGGGGGGAGGACUGGGCGAGGGGAGUCGGCACCGGGUGUAGGGAUGGGGAGGAAGGAUGGCUGGGCUGCUAGUCUCAGUGGGACAUGGAUCUGCGACAGCUCCCGUGUUUGCGCUCUGUCUCAGCAGAGGUGAGGUGUGUUUCCUUCAGUUUUCUUUUUAAAAUGCUGCAACACGUCUGAGCUGAUUCCUCCUAACAAACAUGGACGCCCGCCUCUGUGACUGAUGGAUGCACACACUCAUCAGGUUGGAGGAUCUGCAGGUGGCUCCUGUUUGAGGCACAGACUUUGGUCCUUUCCCCUGUAGAGAAAACCCACUUGAGAUGGAAAAUCUGUGGGAUUUUUGUGUAAGUUUACUGGUGAAUGAGGUGAAAUCCUGUCUGGUGUUUUGGAUGUGCAGCACGUUCAGGGAGUUUUUCAUGUCUGAGUGCUGCUGCUGCUGCUGCUGCUGCUGGGAGGAAAUUAAACCGAGUAAGAGGUGAUGCUUGUGCACAGAGAAGAGGUUAAAUAACACUUGAAUUAGUGCAGCUUUUCUGUUUGUUUCAUUGUUGAUAUUUACAGGCUGCAGAUCCAGAUUAGACUUCAGGGAGGUUCUGGCGCCGUUUUUACCUCCUGAUAUCGAUUCUGAAACCCUGAUGUCUUCACUGGCUGCUAAAAGGAAUCUGUAAAUACAAGUUUGAUGAGGAGUUUAGAUUUUAAUGUGAAUAAUCAGCUGUGUUUAACUGAACACCUCGGUUAGCCCCAUACUGUUUAUUUCUAUUCUAUUCUAUUCUUCUAUUUCAAUUAGUUUGACGUCUAGACUUGUAUAUUGGCAUGUUCCUGUUUUUUGUUGAUAUCUGAGGCCGAUACUGAUGCAAUAUUUGUAUCAGACUAAAUUUAAUCACCGUCUACAUGGAUGAUAUUCAAUCUGAAUUGCUCUUGUAUACUUGUUCGUUCAGUUUUACUGGCAGUAACGAGGUUUUUUUGUCCAUGCUUGUUCUUUUUGACUUGAGACAUGCACUGGAUCAUGUGACAUGGUUAUAUUCCCAUCUGUUUGCAUCAUUUUUGAGUCUACAUCUGCUGAACAUGCAUUGUGACGUUAAGAACUAUGUGAUAAUAUGUUGCCGUAUCAGUUUUUCAGCACAGCCCUAGUUUACAGUAGAGGGUGUGCAAAAUGCGGGUGUAGUCUCAGUCGUGUCACAAGUUGGUUUUUGAGGCGGGGCUUGGUUGACCUCGCAGAGGUUGAGAGUUGUGGUCUUUAGCCUUCUCAGUGUCAGCUUGAGUCAAGUCGGUUGUGCUCAUGAUUACGCAAAAUUCAUAAUUGUAUUAUCUUCAUAAUUAAUGACUCAUAAAAAAUCCUCCCCUGUACCGUUUGUUCAGAAAGAGAAAUGCACUAUUCAACCUCAAACUACUUUUUGAACCAGUCUGCAAACAUGUUUAUUUUUGCUGUAAAAUUUUUUUGAAUGGGUGUGUAUGUGGUCUGUGGUGCCUCUCGAGUCGGCCCCAAGUGGACACUUAAGGAACUGCAGUAUUUAAACAUGUGCAUUUGCUAUAUUUUUUAGACUCCUUGGUUUAUACCAUAGACUGUAUAUAGAAUGGACGCCGUCUGCCUCCUUGCUGGGUGAAGCCACCCCGAGAACAGCACCCUCUGGUGACGGGCUGCAGUAUAGGUCAUAAAUCCCGCCUUAAAGAGUUGUGAAUAAACUUUGGAAAUUAAUCACAUAGAAUGUACAUUUUCAUCCCCCCUGGUUGUGAUGUUGACAUGUAGUUACUGUAAGACUGGUUUGUGCUCAAGUCCUCUUUUUUCUGUGAAGCUCCGUUUUUCAAAAGUUGUUAAAGGGUUCAUGUUUUCUAUGAUUGACACAUGAUACAGCCUAUGGGUGGACAAAGAUUGUGUAGCUCACCUGGGGGAUACGCUGUUUAAGCCGAGCAUCAUCACAGCGACUCUUGGCGACUCUCCCACCAAAUACAAUGUUACUGCGCAAGUGGUGGUUUCAGGAGGUGGAGAAAAUCCCAGAAAUACUGAGAGCAAUUUGGCUCAAAAUUCGUAAUGACAGGAAGUGGAGCCAAGUUGUCCAUUGUAUAUACAGUCUAUAGUUUAUACCCAGAGUUAGCUUAGUUUUUGACUGGAUAUCAGCGCCUCAGGCUGUCUAGUUUGGAGAUGAGGUUCAUCUCCAUUUAGCUGUUUUAGCACGCUCUAAAACUGUGUUUAAAACUGAACCAAAUAAGGUCUUUUAAGCUACAGUUAUGACAUAACAAAGCAUUAUUUAACUGGUCAUUCAUUAAAGCUCCUUUGAGGAGAUUUUCAGAGGUUUAUGAAACAAACUGUUGACAUCUAAAAGCCAGUAGAUAAGACGAAUGAGUUAGUCUUUUUCAGUGUUUUGUCCUUUUUGUGGGACUCCUAAAGGAUUAUCUUAUCUUGUCCUAUUACUGGACCUAAAUAAAUAGACUUGAAGUUUAUUAGACUGGCUAAUGCACAUUUAUUUACAUUCACACUGACUGGUUUAAAAGCCAGCCUCCCUGAUAGUCUUGGGUAGUUUCCACGUCUGUGAAGGCUCCAUUAAUGCUGAAAGAUAGAUAUGAGUUUGGGCUCCUGUUGCUGGUGUGAGUUACAGAUUUGCUCUUUUUUUGCAGUUAUGCAGUUAUUCAGAAGAUAUAUAUCAUCAGCUCAAAUAUCUUGUGUAAAAAUAACAAUUUUUGUCUGUAUAUUAGACAUUUUCCCCCUCUGAAAGUAGGAAUCAUCUUGUAUUUGCAUCCACAUGUCCAAGUAUCAGAUUUUUUUACAUUUGGUUAUUCUCUCGCCUUUAAAAUAAUCUAUAUUUUGUCCGUUUUAUCCAAACCUUUAAAGGCCUUUAUGUCUGAUCAUGAAGAUUUUUCUUGCUCAGACGUCAUCUCGCUCUCCUGCAUGUUUCUUGAGUGGUGGAGUGUUUCAGUUUUAAUCCCCAUGUUUCUAUCAUUGUUAUUAAGAACAGAGUCAAAUCCCGCCAGGGGAUCUUGUCUUCGCAGCACGCCUCGUGUAGCUUGUCUCACCGCUGAAUCAGACGCAUCCUGCUGCAGCCCACCAUGACGGGAAACCGACACGCUGCUGUAUCUGCUUCUUUCUCGCUCUUUAAUUUGCUCCUGCAUGUCAGAGUGCAGUUUGAAGGACACAUAUAGAGCUCCUAGUUUAGGUUGUUUAUGCAUUCAGACGAUAUGUUCUUAAGAAUUUCAAGUAGCUCUACUUCUAAUGAAUAAAACAUGAGCGUCACACAUUAAAGAAAGACUAGGAAACCUAACAGAGAGGCUGUGAGGCUUCGGUGUGACAUCAUUAUGAAAUGCUCCUGCAUGCAGAUGUAAAAAAAACAAACAAGAAUCAACAGAGUGAGCUGGUUUGGUAAUAUUUGAGGGAAAACCUCAUUAAGGACGUUAAAGAGAAACAGUGAAGGGCGUGAACCUUCAGGUCUGAUUUUUAAGGGCGUAAAGGUCAUUUCUGCUGCACAUUAAAUUCUGUUUAAAAACACUCAUACAUUCUUUUAUUUUUGCCGUAGACUGAAAACAUUUGGGUUCAGACCAGAGAACAACAUCUAGGGCUGGGCGAUAAACGGCAAAUUGACCGUUAUCGAAAUUUACGUCAAUAACUGACGCCAUUUUGCCCAUGUCAGUAUAUUCGGUGUCAAAAAUAAAUAAAUAAAAGUUGGUUUUGGAUGUGUGUAGGUAGGCUAUGGCAGAGGUGAACAACCAUGUGCCAUGGAGAGCCGAGAGGCUGCAGGUUUUCUUUCCAACCCAAAACUCCACCAGGUGAUUUCACUGAUUACCUUACCUCCAAGCAGAGAGCAGAGACUAAUCAGUGAAAUCACCUGGUGGAGUUUUGGGUUGGAAAGAAAACCUGCAGCCUCUCGGCUUUCCAUAGCACAUGGUUGUUCACCCCUGGGCUAUGGUCUCAGGUCCCUUUAACCCAGGAUUUCCACCGCAUCAGGAACAACUCCAAUCUGGAACGGCAGUGAUUUUUGCCGUCCACCAAUUCCUACCUGAUCCGUUUGUGAGGCGAAUUUCGUGACAGAUUACGUGCAGCAGGAAUCGCGACAACUCACAAGAACCUGCGGAUUCACAUGCAAUCGCACAAUAAUGAGUUGUCUUUAGCCACAGAGGCUAACCAUAUAAGCAGUAGAUUGUGUCCUUCCAGAGGAGGAAAUCCACCUCUAGACUUCUAGAAUCAGCAUCUCCUCAUCCAUGGUGUCAUCGGGACAAAAUGCUGUCUAUAAACCUUUCACUUGUUCGUCCCCGCUCGUUUGUGAAAUAUCCGCCUGAAACACGGAGUGUUUUAUCUUGAAAAGAAGCCGGAUGUUUUUAUUUUGUGUCUGUGCCCGACUUCCUUUCCAGCACGGGUUAAUCAGUGCUGAAUUUAUCCAGCAUGCUCCAGCAUCCGGAAAAAUAGAACUCUACGAUCAGCUACGAUCGGCGGAUAUGGCCUUUUCGUAGCGGUGGAAAUUGGGGGUUGGACGCUGUCUUACGUCAGAGAUGUGACUCCAACCCAUCCAGUCCGUAACAAAGAGGAAAAGACAGAUGAGGAGAUGGAGGACGGUUCAAAAGUUGUAGCGGCUGGAGUGAUGGCAGAAGUAGACGUUAAUGAGGGAGGGGAUGAACAGUUUGUGGAGUAGUUAUCAUCCAUUUAUUGUUAUCGAGGUGAACUGAUCAAUAUAUCGUGAUAUUGAUUUCAGACCAUAUUUCCCAACCGUAACAACAUCUAUUUCAGUUUUUACCUAAAAGGGUUUUGCUCAGAAAAAUUUCAUGUUAUAUACUUUACUCUUUUCAUUUUUACAGACAUUGACGUGAUUUUGAGUCCAUGUGGUGACUUCCACUCCAGAGUCCUGACUGUUUUUAAUUCCUCAAGAUCGGGACCUUCCAGUCUUGGUUUUAGUACAGAGAUUUCUCCACAUCCUCUGAAUCUUUGAAUGAUAUUACAUACUGUAGAUGAUGAAAUCCACUCAGGAACAUGUUGAACUGUUGAGCUGUUAGCUCAUGCAGUUGUUUUACACCAGGUCAUGUGACAAACCUCAGAGUUACAUUGUCCACAUUUUUCUGACAGACGGUUGUUGCAGGAUUCAGUCUAAGUGUGUUGUGUUUAUUGCUGUACACCUGUCAGGCUUUAAUUUGAUAUAAAAUCAGGGUUGAAUCUCUGCAGCAGAAGCAGAAUCUAAAGCAGUGGUCGCUGAAGAAAAGCCUUCAAAGGGCAGAGAGGAGUGUGAAUAGCCGACUCCAGAGAUAAGUGCUCUCUGCUCUUGACAUUCAGGCUGAGACACUCACUGUCUGUCUCUUUGCUGCUCGCAGACUUUGACUUUAAUGUGAAUGGCUGGAUUGUGGGCCGGGGUUCGUUUUUCAGGGGGUCAGCUGAGCAGAAAGUUGGCCUCUGGGAACGAGCUGCUGUGUUUAAUGGAGCGGAGCUGUUUUUCUCCCAGUCGGUUGCCUUGGUGGCAAAUUUGGUGCGAUUAAGCCGCAGGCCUGUGCAGCACACAGGACUGUGAUGGAGGGCAGCUGGCAGCCGCUCGGACUCUUAAAACGAGCAGAUGUGACGUUUACUUCCUCUGUGGAGACCAAGCCAGCGCUGCUUUUCAGCUGCUUUUCAGCUGCUUUUCAGCUGCUUUUCAGCUGUGAGCUUGUGUCUUCAUAUCCCCAUCGGAGGCCAUUUCCUCCUGAUGUCAUGUUCAGGCUGUAAUGUGGUUUUGCUACACUUGAGCUGAUGGAUUUUGGAAACAUGUGAAAUGUGCAAAUUGAUAUUAAUCGAAGAUGUUAAAGACAAUAUAAAAGCCCUUGACCGCUCUUUAGCUAACAGCAAGUUAGUCAAAUUUGACAGAUUGAACUCAAACUUGAACUGUAUCUUUCUGGGUGUUAGGACCUGUGUCCCCUUACAGCAUUAUAAUGCCCAUUUUCUUUGUUAAAGUCCCCCUCUGACCUUUUUUAUUUUUUUAUUUUUUUUUAUUUUUUACUUUUUAAAGUGUUCUCUUUUUAAAGUUUUUAGCCAAAAUCACGUUACCUGUGUCAUUUCUAAGGGCUUUUCUCCCGCAGAGCUCCAGUAGCUCAUUAUCAAUUCGCCUCUGAGCUGUGGGCAGAGACAGUGCUGCUCUGCACAUUAUAAGGCUGCACGAUAUUGGAAAAAACUAACAUUGCUUUUUUUUUUAACCUUGCAAUAUAUAUAUAUAUAUAUAUAUAUAUAUAUAUAUAUAUAUAUAUAUAUAUAUAUAUAGCGAUAUUAAAAAAAUACAGGAAUUUUAACCAGAUGACCUGAAUAGCACUUAAUGUUAUGCUGCGCUGCUGAAAUCUUGAGGACAGUUAACCUGCACUGAUCUUACCUCUUUUUGUGAAUGUUAGUAGAAUGGCUUCUGUCUGUCUCAGAGAUAUUUUUAGCUUUUAUUGUUCUGGGGCGUUAUUGUGGCAACAGAUGAACACAGAACACGUGUUUUGGUCGACAUCAUCCUUCUUGUAACCAAAAUAAUUCCUAAUAACUGACGUUGCUUUUCUUUUUGGCAACAAGUCUUCAUCUUCGGUGGUUUUCUCUUGUUUGUUAUUUUGCAAUCGUUGUUGUUACCGGUGUUGUGCCGAGAAACGCAUGAUCUCCGAGAAUUGCAUGCACCUUGCAAAACGCGCACUGCUUAUAGUAGAGUGGUCCAUGGAAAUGUACAAUUUAAAACCCAUACAAUAAUUAUUUGUGGGGCUAAACAGUGAUGAGUAAUGUUCUGAAAGUAAUUCUCAGCGGACACACAUUUCUCGGCUUCUCGGCAGCGCCAGCGACUCACUCCAUGUACAGGGGCGUGGUUUCCUCCUCUCUGAUUUUGAUUGACGGCUGGUAGAGUAGUCUGAUUGGCAACUGAGUAAAGAAUGAAGGUGAUUGGUGGAUCGCUGAACAGCACAUGCAGAGUCACAUGCAGUGCAUCUCAGUCAGCUACCCUUGAAAUUAGAUCAGCUCAUUCACUUCCUCCAUCGCAGGCUUUGCAAUGUGACUAUCAUGCACACGUACAUCGCGAUAACGAUGCUCAAACGAUAUAUCGUGCAGCCCUAGCAAACUCCUCUUCACGCUAGCUUGUAGCCUAACAUUGCUGGUGUAAUCCAAGAAACAGGUAACAUAGGAACUAUUCAGCUCUAGGACACUAAUGUCUUUGGGGGCACGAUAAAAGUUAAUAUCAUAAUUAGCAUUUUUACGAGCACUGCUAACCUGCUAACGCACACGGUUGUUCCGCGAUCGUCCUCUGUAUUUCUCUGAGUCAGGCCUGCAAAGCGGGUCUGUGGGGGCGGAGCUUGGAUUUGUGUCGUAUGAAAUCUCACUGUAUCUGAACCUGCCGUUUGGGUCUGCCAGAGAUUUACAGAGAUUUGAAUGAAGAAGUCCUCGGAAAUGCAAUUUUCGCUUUUUUUUUCUCAUGAUAUGUCCUGUAGCAUAAGAAAAAUGUCAUAUAAACACGUAAAAAAAAAACAAAAAAAACAUGAUUUUUAUCAGAGUGGGUCUUUAAAGAUCCUGCACUUUGGCGUUUUUAGGACUUAGCAUGCUAAGUUUUAAAGCUAACAAGGUGAGGGUGCUCAAAAACUGGGGUUGUGGGUGCUACCAGUGUAAAAGAUGCGGUCAGUGGACACAGGUCGUUAAACAUUUAUAGAUCAGUUUCCCAUCGCGUAUUGAAAAGUUGUCUUCUUGAAUACAAAAGCAGAUUUAAUGGUCCAAAUGUGGACAUUACUUUGUUUUGGUUUGAGGUCAGCGCUCUCUCCAUGAUUUGUACUGUGUUUUAUCACUAACACUAUAAUACCAGGUGCAAACUUCAUCAUUUAAACGGAUUACACUGAAUGGAGGUGAGCGGAGGUAAGCAGGUGAAGCUAAUUUCCACUUUGCUUUUAUUUUGUAGCUCUGUGUCAAAUUGGCCGUCAGCCUGGGACAACUUUAUUCAGGAGGCGAGUAAUGAGAGGGAGAGAAAGAGACUCUGAAGGAUGCCGGCUGAAAUGAUGAAACACAUUACAUCACAUAUUGAUAAAGUACUUUGUGUUACUCUGAGAAGUGAAAUUGAAGUUUGUGGUGGCCUGCCAGCUCACAGUCCAGAAUUUUAAUGUCUCUCUCUCUCAGGGAUAAGUGCUCGGCUUAUUAGUAAGGACUGAAGUGAACUCGGCUUAUGUCACUACUUGGCCAUUCACACUGAAAUACACACUGGCUAAGGCAGAGGAGCGAUUGUAUAACAUUUAAAGCGUAAAUCCAAAGACUGAGAAAAGUUAGCGCCACAUAAACUUCACUACAUCCUUUUUAUAACAGGUUCAGUCAGAGUGUUAAUCCGUCUUUGUUUCAAACCCUCAUAAUUAGGGAUUUUCUCCUGUUUUCUUUCUUUUGUUUUCCUUUUCUUUUGAUUUGAAAACCGUCUAGACUUAGCUGUGGAAACCUGUGAUGGAGAUUUAUCUGUGUUUUGUAAUCAUAAAUAACUAAAACCUGCAUGUAAUGACUUUUCUACAAGUCUGUGUGCAGGAGAAACAAAGUGCAGAACAAUAUCGGCAUGUUUGUUUUGUGACAUUUGUCAUCAAACUGCUGCUUUGUUACUUAUUUAGCAAAUAUUGAGCAUCAACAUUGAUGAGUUGGAGUCGUUUUUGUUUCUAACUGACUGAUGAAAGUCCAAUAUUUACUCCCUUGGAGCUCCUUUUUGCCUCCACUGCUCCUAAAGCUGCAGAAAUGUGAGAGCAGAGCUUUUUUCACACUCUAUCCACAAAUAUAAGUGUUAAUCCAAGACUCUUUCCAAAAAACUGCUCCAGAUCGUAGGGCCGGGCGAUAAACCUAUCGUAUCGUAUUUACCAAUACCCAAAUUUACGACGAUAACUGAGUCAUUUGCCCAUGUUGGUAUAUUUGGUGUCAAUAAAUAGAUAAAAGUUGGUUUUGGAUGUGUGUAGGUAGGCUAUGGUCUCAUGUCCCUUUAAGACGCUGUCCUACAUCGGAGACAUGACUCCACCCCAUCCAGUCUGUAACAAAGAGGGAAAGACAGGUGAGGAGAUGGAGGACGGUUUAAAACUUGUAGCAGCUGAAGUAGACGAAGUUAACGUGGGAGGGGGUGAGCAGCUUGUGGUGUAGUUAUCAUCCAUUUAUGGUAAUUGAGGUGAACUGAUCAAUAUAUCAUGAUAUUGAUUUGAGGCCAUAUUGCCCAGCUCUACUAGAAUGUCUUCUGUUUGCAAAAAGAAAAGACUAAGUCCCAUACUGUAAGAUCAGACUCACUGCCAUGCAUUUAGAGAGUUAGAGUGGAGAGGAAGAACUUCCUUUAACAGGCAGAAACUGGGAGCAGAACCAGACUGAUGAUAGACAGUCAUCUGCUGAAAGGGGGAAAAGGGAGAUGGAGAGAGGAGAGACUGAUGCUGGAGAGCAGACAGAGCCUCAGCAGCUGAAAGUCUGCAGCAGUGAUCCAGAUUAAACCUACAUCAUGAUGGAGCUCAGAGACUCCCAUAAAGACUGUAUCAGUGACUCUAACGGGACAUGAUGGUUCAGGGUUAAAGACGCAGACAGAUGGAGGAUGGAGGGAAAGGAGAUCAGUGUGCCGGUAACCUUAGUAGUCUAAAUGUAUAGCAGUAUAACUAAGAGCUGGUCCAGAACUGAACCAGGUCUAACUAUGAGAUCUAUCAAAAAUUAAAGUUAAAGGUAGAGAGGGAGUCCGCCCCCUGGACCUUGAGAGAAACCUGAUAACUGAGACUUCAAGUAUGAUGAGCAGGCCUGCAUUAAAACACUAAAUAAUAAUAAUUCAUAAAAUAUGAAAAUAAUAAAACAGACUUCCAUAUUUGACUCUAAUACUAAAACAUGUCUGUUUAUUUCGGAUUAAUAUUUAAGAUUCAGGAUUAUACGUAACUUACCUCCAUGUAGGAUAAUCGGUGUGAAGUUGUGUUAUGUAAAGAUCGACAGAAAACCCUCUGAGACCCAAAACAGGAAGUCAAGCUUUUUAAAAUGUUUUUCUAGUAAAAAAUUGUAGGGAAGUCCUCUCUGAGAGUCUGAGUCAUCUUUUGUAGUUCACUCAGUUUAUUUUUGAUGUGUCUCACUGACUGCAGGCUGCAGCUGAUGUGCUGACUCAUUCAGCUGACAGAGGAAAAAAAAAAAAAAGAAAACACUGAACUUGUUUUUCAUGCGCGGCGCUGGCUGUCCAUCUAUCUAUCUGCCUAUCUGUCAGUCCGUCUCUGUCCCACUCUGGGCUGUUUGAGGAUUUCUCUGCCUCUAUAUUUAGCCGUUUUUUUGUCAGUGGAGGAGUUUCUUCUUCUUCUGUGGAUUUAACAGAAACUCUGUCUUUCUUCUGAAACUGUGUCAGACCUCAAAUCACCUCAGAACAGUGAAUAAGGUCGAGCGUUGGCACCUCCGGAGAGCAGCGUGGAUUUGACUGUUGUGGUGUUUAUCACCUGUAGCUGUUUGUAAAGUGCAUCAUAGGAACCAGAAGAGAGUGUUUUCAUGAAGGAAGGAAAAUAAAUCCUAACAAAAACAUGCAAAGAAAGGCGCUGUCUUUAUCACAGCAUCGGGUCCAACACUGUCUUCCUCACAGCGGUCUCUGGUUUUAAAAAUGAAAAAAUGGAAAUAAUCAGUCUUGUCACUGAUGGCCUGGUUUAAAUAUCCACUUUAAAUCAUUUUAAAACCAGUUGAAACUUAUUCUGAAUAUGACUUUUAACUGAGUUUUCAACUUUUAACUUUUUCUCGUUGACAGUAGUAUUAAUAUUUUACUGCUGUUAAUUAUGUUUAGCUGUGUUAUUGUAUUUUUCUGUCUUCUAUCUCCUUUAUUAAAUUUUCUGUUAUUUCACUAAAAAACAGGUUUUCUUUCUGGGGUCAUAAAGAGACAAAAGUUUUUAUUUCCGUCUGUUAUAAAAUCAGUUGAAACUUCUCAGUAGAGCUUUAAAUUCUUACCUGGGUAUGAUCUUUAAUUAAGUUUGUACAUUUUUUAUUGAGGUACAGCUAACUUUAUUAACUUUAAACUGGUUUGAGUUUCAUCUCCAAUAUAGUUUUAACUGGUUCCUAUUGACUGGUUGUUUUGGCUGUCUUACUGCUGUUUAUUUUGUCAGCUGUUUUAUUUUAUUCUUGUAUUUGAUCUCUAAUCGACGAUCACUAAUUGACUGGUUUUAUUUACUGGAGGUCAUUAAGAGGCAAAAAUAUAAAAUUCAGUUGGUUAAAAACCAGUUUCAACUCCAUAUUAAAGCUUUUAUUUAACUUUUAACUUAAUUUUUUAACUUUAAACUGAGGCUCAACUAACUUUAUUAUCUUUAAACUUGUUUGAGUUUCAUCAUAAAUAUAAUUUUAACUGGUUCCUGUUAACUGGCUGUUUCUGCCGUCUUACUGCCAUUUAUUUUGUCAGCUGUUUUAAUAUAUUCUCCCUGUAUUCCAUUUCUGAAUCUGUUCCUCUUAAUGAACUGGUUUUAUUUUCUAGAGGUCAUUAAAAGGCAAAAACAUUCACUUCAGUCUGUUUUUAACUUUUAAUUUAGUUUUUUAAUUUUAAACUGAGGGUCAAUUAACUUUAUUAACUUUAAGAUGGUUUGAGUUUCAUCUUUCAAAGACUUUAAAGUUAUUCCUGUCGACCGAUUGUUUUGUUGUCAGUCUGUAUUCUUUCUCUAUUUCUGUUUUUGUGUUAUGCAGCACUUUCUAACUAAAACAGUUAGUUAUAAUUAUUGAUAUUGUUCAUAAUUAAAAAUCGUGCACAUUUCUUAUGAUUGCAGAUGCAGAUAAGUGGAUUAUUAUUCAAUUUUUUAAACAAGUUUCAUGUGAGUGAGCCGUUCGUUCAGUUUGGACUCUGAGGAUAGAUUUUACCAGAAACAGUCUGUUUAACCCGGGUUAAAGAUAUGAAAUGUGGUCAUAGUGUCUUAAUCUGAAUACCUGACCCACCUGAUCCUUUGAGCUCUGUGUGGAUAAAGAAAAAACAGAAUUAAAGGAAACAAAUUAACCGCUCCUUAAAAAACAAACCGCCCCCCCCCCCCCCCCCCCUUUAAAUCAACGUUUUAAGAGACAGCAGAGAUGAGGAGGAGGAGGAGGUCACGUGACAAAGACGAUUUAAUCCCACACAGAUUAAGACGGCUGUAAAUCUGACUCUACGAUCACAUGAACCAGGACGGAGGAGGAGGAGCUGGAGGUGUGUGUGUGUGUGUGUGUGUGUGUAGGUGUGUGUGUGCAGCUUGGGUCACUCUGUCGGUCCAUCUGUGUGUGAUUAGACUGUGCAUGUUAGCUUCAACACAUGAAGAGUAGAGGUCUGGAGACACUAAACCUCAUCAUCAUCAUUUCAUAUCUGAGCGCCUUAAAGCUGCACUCAGGAGUUUUUACCAGGUUAUAAAUACAUUAUAUCAACAGCAGCCCCUUUUAGGAGCUAGAAAAGAUUAAAGAUUAUUACUUUAUAGUUUUUAAAUGCCUGAAAACUACGAUAAGACUGCAGAAUAAUUUUAUUAUACUACAAUCAAAAACAUUUAAAAAGGAGGAGUAAGACGCUAUAACUUUUUUUCCUUUUUAAAGCUCCUCUGAGGACUUUUUUUUACGUUUAUGAAACAGACUUAAAUUCACUCUGAAGUCUUUUUUGAUCCAAAACAAACAAACAUACAAACAAAGAAACAAAAACCCCAUCAGGAACAUGAUUGAUGAUUUUUACAGGAACAUUUUUAAUUCUUCUAGCUGGUGGUAGGGGGUAGGUGUCAACCGAACAGCUGAGCUAGCUUUUAAUUAUUCGUUUUUUUUUAAAUAAAAUAUAUAGAAAUACAUAGAAUAUAUAGAAGAAAGAAAAAAUAUCCAGAAAAAAGUAUAAAUUUGACUGUCAAAGUUAGCAUAAAGAGAUUUUUUUUAAACAUAUCUUUGAUGUCUGUGUUCAUACAACAACAUCCAACAAUUCAAACAUACCGCAGUAAUGAAAAUAAUAAUAAUAUAGAAAAGGUAAAUAAAUAGAAUGAGCAAAAAGAGAUUUUUGUUGUCAGGGAAUGCUGACAAGAUGAGCAAAGACUGCGCUGUCCACAGGGGGCACCAAAGUCGACCUGGUGCUAUACCGAAGACACAUAAUCCAAUGACAUUUCAGCCUAUAAUGAUAAAAAUACUGUUAAUUUGUUUAGAAUGAAUUGAAGAAAUAAUGUGUGGGAUUCAGAUGUCAAAGCUUUAAUCAUCGAAAUAUUAUUAUUAAUCAAAAUAAUGAUGAUGGUGAAUUUUGCCACUAUCGAGCAGACCUAGAACAGAGCAGGUGAAGGAUGUGGAGGGUUCAGGAGUUAAUGACAGUCAGAUUAUUAGACUAAACUUCAUCAGGCAGAUGCUAACAGCUCUCCAGAGAAAUAAUCAUUAAUAUAGUGACUGGUUUGACACUGUAUUCAUGCAAAUACAGAGCCUCAUCGAUCAGCUGUGUGUGAUCUACUGACAGGAAAGAGUAAAGCAGAUUCAAUUUUCUUCAAGUCAAAAGUCAAACUGACCACCAGAGAGUAAAGGGUUUCAUUCUUCCAUCACGUGCUGCUGAAGUAUCAGGAAAGCUAAAUGCUCUUGUAAACUACAAACAGUUGGAUUUAAGGACUACAUGGACCACAACAACUUGGCUGAAUCUUGGGCGCGUGGCACAGUCUGGAUUGAGGUUGCUGGGGGAUUUGAGGGAGGCUGCUGGGUCAGUGGAUUACCUUGUAACAGAUCUGUGGGCGGGCUUUGUGACACACACACCGGAUGUGUUGGCUUGUGUACGGGGCUUUAAUCCUUCAGACAAACAUGCUAACUCCUCUGCUGGGUUUGUAAGUCAUGCUGGAAGCUAACAUCUCCAUUUUCCGCUCGGUGUUUUUGCCGCCUCUGUCUCACUUUAAGCCUGUUUGUCUUUUUUUUAUCUCCUCCUUCUCUCAGGUGUGACUAACGAUGCCUCCUGUCAUCGCUGUCUGAACAUGCUGCUCGGGUAGCAAAGCCGACCGAGAGAGAGAGGAGCAUCUACCCUCUUACACUCCUUCCCCUCUGGAUACAAACACACACACACACACACAUACACACACCGGACUCAAUUCAAGCACAACCAUGCUGAUCAAGGAGUAUCGUAUCCCCAUGCCGAUGAGCGUGGAGGAGUACCGCAUCGCUCAGCUCUACAUGAUCCAGGUGAGUGCUUCUCCUGAUUCACAGAUUCACUGCUCCUGUUGUUUUUGUCUUUGGGAAAGUCUGUGGUAUUAUGGGGCGAGCAGGAGAGUUUUCAGGUGAUGAGGCUGCAGCUCAGGUUCAGGUUCCAGUGUAGAGGUGGAGGUCAGGAGUUCAGGGUGUCAUUGUGUCGAGCUGCACCAGAACCAGAGCGCUGCUUUAAGGGCUGCAGAGGCCAUGUUUUCCUGCUGACCAGAUGGCGCUCCAUAUGCCCGAGGAUUAUCUGUCAUUUCAUAACUUUUAGCAAAAACGCAAACAGGAAAAUGAUCCACGCAGGGAAGAAGAUUCACCGGAGGAGGAGGAGAAAGAGGAGGAGGUGGUGUGCUUUUGAGGAAACAUGCAGAAAAAUAGACGUUUAUAAUGGAAGUCUAUCAUGUCCAUGUCCUAAUUGUAGCUAUUUACCUCUCUAUAACAGCUGUAUCAAACCUCUUAUUAGAGACAGUCCAACAAAUCGACGGUCGAUAAUUUAUGUUUAAGAAUAAUAAGUGUAAUAUCAGCAUUAGCGUUGAAAAGGUUGAUUUCACCGUCAUCUUUUCAAUUCAAAUUUCAAAUUUCAUUUAUAAAGUGCCAAAUCACAACAGUCGUUAUCCCAAAAUGCUUUCUAAAAGAAGAGCAGGUCUAGACCACACUCAUCUUUUCGCUAUUUUAACACUUUUUUUAAUCCUUUAGGACAGCACCUUAAAUCUAAACCUGUAGCGUCACCCAACUGAUGCAAAAUACAACAUAAACAUGUGACAGGACAACAAAACCGUCUUUAUCAGAACAUGAUGUGCAACACAGAUAUUUACCUCAUAAGAUGGUUGGACACACAUCUGAUAAUAUUUAUCUGAGAAAACGUUCCUUUGAGUUCAACAGUUUUAUUCAAUUAUUUAUUUAUUUAUUUAUUUUUUAUCAAAUGCAAAAAUCAUCAGUGUGAUAUGAGUAUCACAUAUCGGUCUAUAGUAGGGUGACCAUAUCCUGAAUCCCCAAAAAGAGGACACUACUACACCAGGUGGAGUUGUGAACGCGCAAAAUUUUUAGGGUUUUUCGGGUCAGGUCAAGUGUUUUUAAAGGCACUUUUAAAUCAGUUAAAUGCAUAAGUAUCGCCUUUUUUCAUCUUAAAAAAAAGACAUUUUAUCUCAUCUUUUUUUUUCACUGGCUGAAACGGGCUUCUAUACAAAACCCUGGACACUUGAAGGAUUUUAUAAACUCCCCCCUGGACUGGCCGGGCAGCCACCCCAACUGAGGACAUGUCUGGGUAAAAGAGGACUUAUGAUCACCCUAGUCUAUAGGGGCUAAAGUCUUCGUCAUAGCGGUCGCUGGUUCAACUCUUGUAGUCGCCAAAGCUUUUUUUUUUUCGAAUUGCAAUUAAUCAUCCAGUUUCAGUAAUAAUUAUAUUUGAAUUGCAUGUUCAAAAUUAAUCAUUUUGCAUUUUAAAAACAGUUCUUAAGACCUUACUAAUGAUGUAAGACAAUAUUUACUUGUGUCUCGAUCUAUUGUCUUUUAAAUCAAAUGAGUGUAAUUAAAUGAAUGAAAUGUCUAGUGUGGUCUGGAACCAGGACUUAACUUCAGAGAGCCAACUCUGAAAAACAAAGGGUUCAUUAUGAUCGCUUUUAAAGAUCAGACUGUCACACAUUAAGAAAUAUGUGGGAGGUGCUUACAAAACAUCGAGUCGUUGUGAGUUUGUCAGUUAUUAUAAGAUAACUGAGUUUAAUCACUGACAUCUAUUUAUCCCUUUUAAUAUAACAGAAUUUUAAAAUUUCAGGAGCUCCAGUUUGGUCACUUUCUCACCUGCACCUGUAUGCUUAGUUUGGAGGAGUAACCUCAAACUCAUUUUAAGUCCAUUUUUAGUCAUCAACUGAGCUUUGGUAGAGUUUUUCAUAGUUAAAAGUGUGGAGGUGGUGUUUUCAGUUGCUCCACUAUGUUAGUGCCACUGUGUAAAUAUCACACACUUACAAAGAGUGCAGCAUGAUUAUUGUAGUAACAGGGACAGUCUUAGAUGCUGCUUGAGGUUUUCCCUGCUGAGUUGAGUUUGAGUUAUUUUAUUUACAAAAACCAUCACAACUCUCUGCACUUCUUUACAAGUGACUCUAGUUUUGAUCAGGCCUGGGGUCUGACUGAGGGGGCGUGUCCCGUUCUGGUUUCACGCUGUUCUGUACAUCCGUGUAAGCUGAACAGCUGUUACUCAACACGUGCAGGUAGAGAGAUCAGCAGCAGGUAUUAAAAGCACGCCAGCAUGAAAACACACAAGUUUUGACAGGUCGUGUGGCUGACAGGCUGUCUGCAGGAAUCCUUCUCAGCUGUUGCAUGUAGAUCUUUUCUUCUGGUGCAAUUAAAAAAAUUAACAGAUGAAGUAUUUUUAGUCAUUUUACUGCUUAUCUGCAGAGUUUAUUCAGAAAAAUAUCUCAGUAGGUGCACACACUUAAUCCAGUGAACCUUUUAGGUGGAUGUUUUAGAGCAAGCCAUGAACCAUGGCCAGAAACCAUGAACAGAAAAAUGUGAAGUUACAAACACAAACAGAGCUGAAACAGAAAACUAAUCAAAGCAGAGGAAGGGAAAAUCACCAUCAGAUCUCCUGAAUAUGCCAGCCUCUAUUUCAAACAUCAUUACAAACACAUCCACCGCUGGACCCCACCUCCCGUUUCAGCGUCACAAUCUUACACCAGGUUACCACGGUAACCUGUGACAUCAGCUGCAGCAUGGCAGCGUCUGCCAUCAUUUGUUUGUGAAAUGAACGAAAGAGAGAGAGAGAGAGAGUGAUGGUGCAGUCAGUGUUGCUAUGACAACAUAAUGUCUGAGUCUAAAUACAGAGAGCGGUUUGAGUUUUUUUUAUGCAGCUCGAUGAACACGGAGCGGAGCGAGGUUCGGUUAUGAUAGAUGAUGUCAAUGCUCCCAUGUUCUUAUUAUUAAAACACACACACACACACGCACAUUUAUACAGAGUCCUGCUUCUAAAAAUACACACCAGAGCUCUAAAUGUGGAUCCAUCCGCUGCUGAAAAUAGUCCCUGUAGAUAAAUGAUAUCCUUCUGUCGACGGAGGUUUAUAACAGUGACGUUGUGUUAGCAGCUGGUUUAAGACGUCCUACAGAGAGACUGUGAAAAGAAAAGAGCCGCACACGUCGACUGUCUGAAUUUGUCAUUGAAGUAAUUUAAAAAUUAUAAUCAAACAAAAACUUAAAUCCCACUCAGCAUUUUGUGAUUUUUUUUUUCCGGAGGCUGGUUAGACAUCGAUGUUUCAGCAGGAAUCUGCUCCUGUCUCAACAAUUAUCACAUUUUUACACACAUAUAAGCCACAAUUUUAAAAUCUUUUCUCACAAAUAUCUACUACAGUGAUUGUAGUGCCCUGAAGUGAAUCCUAGUCACCAACUAAAAACUUUCAGAGCGACCCCCAUCAGUGUCCUGGUUCAGGUCCUGCACAGAUGUAGGUUUGUUUUUUCACAGUACAGUCUUAGUGCAGUUUUCCUCCUCUCUCAUUUACCACCUGAUUCCUGAAUGCUCACAGUUUACACGCAGCACAGCAUGAAGCUUCUGGACUUGACUUCUUUUGUAAUCACUGAUGCUUUUAACUCGUAUUUAUCAAUUUUUUUUUACCUUCUUAAAACACCUCUAUUUUAACGCACUAUUUUCUCUGCAGUCCAGUUAAAGGUGCAUAUCCCCUUUUCAUGCAUUUCUUUGUGUUGGUUUUAUUCUUGUUCAAACCAGAAAACUCUCGCCUCAGCAGCAGAUGCAGCAUCCUCAGGUUUAAAAACGCACCAGCUCGUCACAUUUUUAAGGGGAUCUGAAGGUUAAAUUCACAUGAGGUAGAUUUUUUUUUUAGUCUUCUGACCAGCUUUGCAUUUUCAGUCUUUUUCUUUCUGUGCAGAAAAAGAUCUAUAAAGACCUUCAGAGGGGAUAACUAAUGAAAUCACCUCCAGUAUUUUCACAAAGAUGCAUACGUCCCUGAGGAGAAGCUGUAUAUACGUUCAAACACUUUGCUCUUUUAGACGUGUGUCAUUAAUACAGAUCCUCACAGCAGCAGAGGGUAAUUUAAGGCCCUCAACUCCUCUCCUAAAUUACAUUACCUGCUAGAUUACAGCAAUUUUCCAGCUGUUUGCCUCCUCUGACCUUCAUUACUGAUAGCACCUCCCUGAAGUCUUCACCAGAGAGCCGCAUGUUCAAUCUGAGCUCUCACUCUUGACCCCGAGCCCCCCACUCCGCCUGUUAAUAAUGAUCCUCGUGAUUUGUAUUCACACACCGCCGCUGUUCCUCGACCCGCAGCCCAUUACAAUGGAGGGAAUAAAACCGCUUUUCAAUCACUCUUUGCAGACAGUGACUGUGGUGUUCUGACAGUUAUCACACCGGAGAUUAAAAUGCAAUAAAGAUUUAUAAUUCAAUUAAAACUGCAGAGCAAAUACAGAGAGUCAUAUAUAUUCUCUGCUCCACUUUACAUGGAGGUAAUGACCUGUGGGGUCAUCUGGGGACUGAAACAGACAUGAAAAGCUUAUUUCUGGUACCUGGAAACACUUGAUCCAUCUUCAGGGUGUGUUUCUAGAAAGAUCUCUGCUUCAUCUGAGCUCCUGGUGUUUAUUUUUGAAUUUGAUCUUUUUCUCAAAAUUGUUAACUUUUUUCUGGGAAUUCUCAUUUUUCAUACAAACUAGGAUGAUAUCUUAAAAACUUUUUUUUUUUUUUUUUUUUUAGAAUUUAAACUUUUUCCUCAGAAUUUUAACUUUUUCCAGAAUUUUGACUUUAGUCACAAAUUCUGCCUUUAACUUGGAAUUUUGUCAUUUCCUAUUAAAUUUUAAUUAUUCUAUUAUUUAUUAUUUUAAUUUUCAGAUUGUUUUUUAUUUUUAUUUUUUUUUUAAACUUUUUUCAUAAUUCCACCUUUUUCAUUACUCUGUUCUUUUUUCUCAUAAUUUUGCAGAUUAAGUUUAUGGAUAACACUUUACAUUAAAGCCCUUGAAAUAAGUAGUAAUUAAUAGUUUUUAAGCCAAUUAUUAAAACACAUAAGAUGCUCAAAACAUUUUAAUGCUUUGCAUUUUUUUCUAAUUUUUUCACAUCACAGUAAAAUUUGACCAAAUUUCUCAGAAAUUUUGCUUUUCUUGCAUGUUUUGGGUCUGGCUUGUUUUUAGAAAUCAUUUUUAUUUUCAAUUUUUUAUCGUAUUUUUUUCAGAUUAAUGACUUUUUUUUAGAUGUUUGACUUUUUCUAAAUUUUGAUGUUUUUUUAGACUUUUGACUUUUUUACAUUUUUUCUCUUAAAUCUACUUUUUUUUCCUCAGAAUGCCGACUUUCUUCUAGUGUUGUGACUUUUUCUCAAACACUUGAGAUUACAGUAAGAUUAAGUUUGCAGAUUAAGUUUAUGGAUAACACUUUACAUUAAAGGUGUUUCACUCUGCGAAAAAAAAGGAAAUCAUUCAUCUGUUCGCUUUAAAAUCUGCCUCCCUGAACUCAUCAGGAAAAUGAAACACUUCACAGAGUUGGGAUCAGUCGGUGCUGAGGAAACAGGUGAUCUCUGAGGAGGCGGAGAAGGAGGAGAAGAGCAGAUGGAGCUCAUUCUGUCAGAGCGACAGUCCAAAUGUCAAACGAAGAUUUGACAAUCACUCAAACACGUGUUUCAUAGCAGGUUCUGCACAAAUUUAAAAUCUUUAGAGUGUACAGCUGUGCUCUUUUUGUAAAUCCUCAUAUAUCUUAGCGAUAAUUCAGUUGAAGUCACUGGAAAUAGUCUCCACAGAAGCUGAGGUGCCGCUUUAGUUCAGGUUUCCCUCUGUGAGGAAACAAGAUUAAAACACGUCUUCCAGGAUCUGAGGGUCCGACCAUCUGUUGUGAUUUUAAUAAAGGUGUUUCACUCUGCGAAAAAAAAAAGGAAAUCAUCCAUCUGUUCGCUUUAAAAUCUGCCUCCCUGAACUCAUCAGGAAAAUGAAACACUUCACAGAGUUGGGAUCAGUCGGUGCUGAGGAAACAGGUGAUCUCUGAGGAGGCGGAGAAGGAGGAGAAGAGCAGAUGGAGUGUUUCAUUAAGAUGUGACCAAAAGAGUUUAAGGACGUGCCGUUCGUUGUUUUUCUCUCCAGCUCAUCACUUUGUUUCUGCUGCAUCAUCCUUUAGAUCUGAGAGGAGAUAGACAGACCUGAAAGAGGGACAGGAGCACUGUGUCAGGCUCUCAGGGUUUAAUGUGACAUUAGAGGAGAGGAAGGAGGGACAAACCUGGAGCAGGCAGGACUCUGAUGGGGUCUUUAUUUUCCCUCAUAGCUGAAGAUCAAAUAUUUGUCUUAUUUUAUGAUUCUGAGUUAUUUAUCACUGGAGGAUUCCUUCUGGAAAACAUGUUAGAGAUAGUUUCCACUGCAAGGACCAGGAUCUAAACGAAGAUCCUUGGACAGAAUUUCAGUGACCGAAAAGUUCCUGCUUGGUGAAAAGAACAAGAAUGAUGGGUGUGAGGCUUUCAGAGCUGCUCUUUUUAAAAAGAGAGUUUGUCUUGGUUAUCAACUAAAAAUCAAAGUUAUGAGAAACUGGAAUAAAGUUGUGGUAUAAUAGUUAAAGUUAAGAAAUUGACUUUUAUUAGACAGUUAAAAUUAUGCAAUAAAUAUAAAAGGUAUGAGAUUUAGAUAGUCAAAAUAUUGAGAGAAAAAAAGGCAAAUUUUGAGACUUAAAUUAAUUAUUUAUGAAAUUUAAAGUAGAAAUUAUAAGAUUUAAAGUAUUUUUGUUAAAAUAAAAAGUUACAAUUUGAUGAUAAUAAAAAGUUUUGAGAUAAAGAAUUUUGAUUGAAGACAAAAUCAUAAAGCCCAAAUUUAAAUUAUGAAAUAGGAGUCAAAUUUUUACGAUCAAAAGACAAAAUAAUGGAAAAAAACUUUAAAAUAAAAAGUUUAAAUUUGAAGACUUUAGCUGAAAUCAUGAGAUAAGAUUUAUAUACUGUGAUUUUUUAUGUCUAAAAUUAUUAAUUAAAAGCUGCAGCUUUUUUCACAUUUCAUAUCUUAAAUAGUUUUUUUGUAAUUUUUAAAAAUUGUUUAUUGGUUUUGAAUUUACCUGCUAGAGGAGGUUUAUAUUUAUUUUAAAAAUUAACGACAAAUACCUGUCUAUUGUUGUUUGAACCUGAAUUUCUCCCUUUAAACCGCUGUCUUUAUCGGUGUCUAAAAGAUAGUUUUGACCUAAGUGUCACUUUUUGGUCAUGGCUGCAAACUGCGACCUAAAUGGAGACACACCGUGAUGACGGAUGAUCGAUCAGUUCAAAGAGGACGGAAAAUGUUUACAGGAUGUUUUUCAGUCAAACAUUAAACUGGCUUCACUCAUGUCUCACCCUCUUCUCUCUCCUCUCUCUCUCUCUCUUUCCCAUCUUUCUGACGACUCGGCAGAAAAAGAGUCGAGAGGAGAGCUGCGGCGAGGGCAGCGGGGUCGAGAUCCUGGAGAACAAGCCUUACGAAGACGGACCCGGAGGCUCGGGUCAGUACACACACAAAGUCUACCACAUCGGCAAACACAUCCCGUCCUGGUUCUGUGCCAUCCUGCCUCAAGCUGCCCUACGAGUGGAGGAGGAGUCCUGGAACGCCUACCCCUACACCCGCACCAGGUGAGACCGCCACACCUGCAGAGACCAGAAAUCCUCUUCUAAGACCAGAAUCCUCCUACAGCGUUAGAAAAAAAGUUAUUUCUAAAAGUCUCAGACAUUAAAACCCUCCUGAGAUAAAACACCUCCUCUCUCAGGCAGCUGGCAUCAUCUAAAGAGGAGGGACUGACCUUCAGUCAUAAAAAGCUCUUAAUGGUUUUUACUGAACGGCUUUUACUUCCAUAAAUUUAAUAAAUGAAACAACUUUGUCUGUGUUUUUGCUGAGGCGGCUGUUUCCUUUUGAUUUGGAGCGAUUUCAGCUGAAUAAUCACGUUUUCAUUAACCACACAUUCUGCUGCCAACUUUUUAUGUCCUCCUGCUUCUUCUUCAAACCACCCGGCCAGGUCUGCUCCUCCUGCACGGCAUGAUGGGAAGUUCUUGGCUCGGGUUGAGGGUUCUCAUCGAUUAGAUAUGAAGGAUCCCAUUAAAGAUUCUUGGUCUAUCCAUUAGGUCUGAGCGUGCUCAGAGGGGCUCUGAAUAUUUGGUUUGUCUGAAAGGAGAUUUUUACACAGAUACAAUAUUUACUCUGAAACAUUUUGAAAAUUUUUGAUGUUUGAUUCUUCAUGAAGGCUCUUUGAACUUCUUUAAAGCAGGCAGGAUCAGGUGUAAAGUAAAAAUGUGAUAUUUGGAGUAGCUUUGCAGGAUUUUGCAGGUUUUCCUUCUGUCGUUUGCUCAUCAUUGUCGCCGUCAUCAUCAUCGUCGUCAGGGGCAAUCAGUCUAUUUGUUGCACCACUUUUAAUCACACCUAUGAGCACAAACCUGCCAGUGGCACUAGACCCUAGAGAACAGAAAGGGUGAUGUCUGAGGGGUUCAUCCUCUGGGGAUCAUGUUGUGUUACCUUCUGGCCAUUUUAUUCCACAGAACAUGUUUCAAGAUACAGACCCAGGUAUGCUUCAAUACCGUCUGCAUAAACACACAAAUUUUUGUCAGAUUUUGGUACAUACUCAACCCUAUGUCCACAGUCACCCAGAGUAGUCAUCUGAUACUAAGCCAAAUGUGUUGUAUAAAUUGUAGUUGUUGUCAGUGACAUGCAUGAAAGGUAGAAAUGGUGGUAAAAUUUGAUUUUCAAGCCCCUUAAUUGCACAGAGCAUUCGUUGACACUCAAGAAAAUGGUCAAUAUAUCAUAUUUUGUAGUUAUGAUCAGUUUUGACUUUUUUCUUUUUAGCUGAAACUGUCCUACAAUGAACCAUAACCACCAUAUAAUUUCAACCAACCAACCAACCAACCAACGGUUUAAUGUGUUUGUGAUCUUUUGAUUUAAACUUUUGGCUUUGGAAUUUCACUGAACCUCUCGUCGCUUCAUCCAAGUCCGGGUCGCGGGGGCAGCAGCUUCAGAAGGGAUGCCCAGACGGCCCUCACCCCAGCCACUUCCACCAGCUCCUCCGGGGGGAUUCCCAGGCACUCCCAGGCCAGGUGAGAGAUAUAAUCCCUCCACCUGGUCCUGGGUCAGCCACGAGGUCUCCUCCUGGUGGGACAUGUCUGGAACACCUCUAACGGGAGGCGUACAGAAGGCGUCCUAACCAGAUGCCCGAGCCACCUCAGCUGACUCCUCUCGACGUGGAGGAGCAGCGGUUCUACUCUGAGCACCUCCCGAGUGUCCGAGCUCCUUACCCUAUCUCUAAGGCUGAGCCCGGACACCCUGCGGAGGAAACCCGUUUCGGCCGCUUGUACCUGCGAUCUCAUUCUUUAGGUCAUUAGCCACAGUUCAUGACUAUAGGUGAGGGCCGGCAUGACUGGUAAAUCGAAAGUCUCGUGUUACGGCUCAGCUCUUACUUCCCUAUGACAGAUAGGUUAAGCAUCCGCAUCACUGCUGACGCUGCUCCGAUCUGCCCGACGAUCUCCCGCUUCAUCUUACCCUCACUUGUGAACAAGAUCCAGAGAUUCUUGAACUCCUCCACUAUCGCAUGCUGUUGCUUUUAAUUUUCCUUCACAGUUUACGAUGGCAACCUGUAAACUGCCACAUUAAAUGACCUUUUCGACUUGUUCUCAUGUCUGAUCUCUCAGGUACACGUGUCCCUUUGUGGAGAAGUUCUCUAUAGACAUCGAGACGUAUUAUAAACCAGAUACUGGAAACCAGGGGGACGUCUUUAACCUGUCCUCAGCUGAAAAGAGACAGAGGACCAUAGGUGAGUCUACACCUCUGCUUACAUCUGAAUUAGUUUGAUAUUCCUCCGUUAAAUGACACUAAAUUUGUCCCUCUGCAGACCCCAUAGACAUCGUAAAAGACUACAUCCCUCCUCAUGAGUACCUGGUGGAGGAAGACCCGAAGCUGUAUCAGUCUGUGAAAACCAAACGAGGGCCGCUGUCGGACGACUGGAUCGAGGAGAUCAACCAGAGUCCGGGUCGAUGUCCCGUCAUGUGUGCCUACAAACUCUGCAAGGUGGAGUUCAGAUACUGGGGCAUGCAGUCCAAGAUUGAGCGCUUCAUUCAUGACGUGGGUACGUAUGGCACAGGGGGGGGGGGCUCUAUGGUUGGGUUUCUAUUUGACUUUAUAACUCUUUUUGCACAACUUUACAACACCUCAGUCUUGGUUUUAUUUCUGAAAUAAACUGAAAAAACAACAACCAUGAGUUGAAUGACGUGCCCUUUCUGUCAGGUCAGAAACAGCAGAACUAUUUUUGAGUAAAAGUGCUUCAUCCUUUCCCUGUACUCGACCUGACAUGACAUUUUUAACCCUGAAUCUCUGACAGUAGAUCGAGUUUCAGCGGCCAUAACUUUAUAUUUCAAAGGUUAGAUCACAGAAAUCGGAUUUGUUCCUCGCUGGAUUGAGUUUACCCCCCCUCUAAAUCCUGGUUUGUGUCCCAUCAGGUCUACGUAAAGUGAUGGUCCGGGCUCACAGACAGGCGUGGUGCUGGCAGGACGAGUGGUACGGUCUGACCAUUGAGGACAUCCGGCAGCUGGAGCUGGAGACUCAGCUAGCCUUAGCGAAGAAGAUGGCUCAGUACAGCCUGAACGAGGAGGGGGGAACAGAGACCAACGGCUCCUCUGUGAGCCAGGACCAGGAGCAGGGAGGGGAGACAGGGGGGACGGCUGUGGAGAUAGAGGGGGGAGGAGGAAAACUGGGAGACGCGCUGGAGACUCGAGGGGAGCUCACCAAGCAGUGGUCCACCUCGUCCAGGUCCUCCAACAGGUCGUCCAAGAGAGGAGGUGAGGAGGAGACUUCCUCGUUUACUAAUCUGAUGAAGAUUGCUUAUCUUAAAUUAACAUGAUUGUGUGUUUUUAUGAUCACAGGGAGUCCAUCUCACCAGAGUAUCUCCGAGUGGAGGAUGCAGAGUAUCGCCAGAGACUCCGAGGACAGCACGGAUGACGAGUUCUUCGACGCUCACGGUGAGUCAAAGUUUUCUGCCAGUGUUUCAUUCAGAUGCAGAACUCCAGAUAUAAUAUCAUCACUGACGCCGAAUUUACACCGCAUCCGGAACGGCUCCCAUCCGAAACUGCAGUGAUUUUCAAUGUCCACCAAUUCCUACCAGAUCUGUUUGUGAGGCGAAUUUGGUGGCAGAUUACUGACAGCAGGAAUCACGAGAACUCACAAGAACCCGGAUUCAAGUGCAAUCGCGCAAUAACGAGUUGUCUCUAUAAAAACAGCCACAUAACCAUAUAAGAUUAUAUUAUAUAUAUUAGAUUGUGUCCUUCCAGAGGAGGAAAUCUACUUCUAGACUUCUAGAAUCAGCAUCUCCUCAUCCAUGGUGUCAUCAGGGUGAAAUGACGUUUAAAAACCUUUCAGUUGUUCGUCCCUGCCUGUUCGCAUGAUGUAAAAUACGAUCUGCCUGAAACACGGAGUGUUUUACUUUGAAAAGAAGCUGGAUGUUUUAUUUUGUGUCUGUGCCCGACUUCCUUUCCAGCACAGGUUAGUCUGUGCUGAAUUUAUCUGGCAUUGCGAACAGCUGCGGAGUCCGGCGAUCCGAAGCUGAACCAAAGACGCCAGUGGAAAUUGACUCGUUAACUUGAAUGGUUACGAUCAGCUGCAAUUGGCGGAUAAGGCCUUUUCGUAGCCGUUCCAGAUGCGGUCAAAAAUUGGAGGGAAGAAUGCAGCGACCCCAGCGGCACUACAGAGCAGGGAAGCCGGUACAGAUGUGCUUUAUCAAUCAGUUAUAUUUGAAUCCUUUUUUUCUGUGAACCAUGCAGAGGACUUUUCAGACAACGAGGAGAUAUUUGCCAAAGAGAUCACCAAGUGGAGCUCCAACGAUCUGAUGGACAAGAUUGAAACCAUCGAGGUGGACGAAGCACACGGUCAGUCCUUCAUUCAUCCAUUCAUUCACGCUUAAAAAACAGAACAUUUAUUAUCACCUUAAAUGGCACUUUUUGGAUCAGACAGAUGAUUGAACUCAAACUCUUGAUUUUCAGAGUCCCUGUAUCAUGAAUCAGGUGGAGAGUACGCCGUGAUGAAUGAGGAGAGGGUCAUGGAGGUAAAGUUUCUCUGUUUCCUCGUCUUUAGGAAAUUCAUUUGAUUCUCUGGUUUCUUUUGUUAUUCUUGAAAAUUCUCUAUAACUCAUUUAAACCUGUUUCCUCUCUGUCUCUCCUGUCCUCUUCCUUGCAGGAAUUAUCCACUCAGCAGUGUCUCCAGCCGUCUAAAAUUCACGUCCUUUUCCUGGUGUUACACGGAGGGAACAUUCUAGACACUGGCUCAGGUACAGCAGCAAACAAGCUUAAAAAAUAUUCAGAUUUCUUCAUGAAAAUUCAAAGAGGCUCAGUUUAGAGAGCGCCCUGUCCUUCUACAUGGACGUAUAAAAUUUGUGUGUGACCUGUUCUUGUUUGUCCACAGGUGAGCAGAACAGCAAACAGGGAGAUGGAAACACUCUGAGUGGUGCCUUCGAGACCGUGAUGAGAGUCCACUACCCUGCAGCUCUGGGCCGCAUCGCCAUUCGGAUGGUCCCCUGUCCUGCUGUGUGUGUGGACGCCUUCUCUCUCGUCUCAAAGUGAGUAAGACCCUCGAGUAUUUAAGAAAAAGUCUGUGAUAAACAACCACAAACUUGCUGAGAACAGACGUGUGUUUGUUCGUCCAUCAGUCUGAGUCCGUACAGCUACGACGAGGGCUGCCUGUCCAGCAGUCAGGACCACAUCCCUUUAGCAGCUCUGCCUCUUCUGGCCACAUCUGCGCCGCAGUAUCAGGACGCCAUCGCAACAGUCAUCCUACGAGCCAAUCAGGUGUACAGCGACUUCAUCAAGUCUUUAGAGGGAGCGACUUUUAAUGGACAGGUCAGUGUGAGACCUGAAGGGUCAUGUAUCCUCUGUGGUUCUGUUUGAGGUGGUCCUGAUAGUGAGGUGGUUUUUGUGUGCCGUGUCUCAGGUGUGUGUUAUCGGAGACUGUGUUGGGGGGAUCCUGGGGUUCGACGCUCUCUGCAGCACCUCUGUGAUUGUAUCAGAGAGCCAGAACAGCAGCAGGCGGGGCAGCGCCAUCAGUGUUCAGGUACGGAUCUCACAUCAAACAGGUCUCCUGCUGCAACAGAGGAAGGUUACUUCAGGUCAACUUUGACAAUGUUCUCCGCAUUCUUUGUCUCUACAGGACACAGACCUUCUCUCUCCAGGUAUCGUCAUAAACAGCGUCUCUCCGUCCUCCUCACCAACCUUGGAGGGAAGCCGCCACCUCAGCCGCAGCAACAUCGACAUCCCUCGCUGCUCGGGGGCUGAUGACCCAAAGAGGCAGCUGCCGCGCAAACGCAGCGACUCGUCCACGUACGAGCUGGACACCAUCAAACAUCACCAGGCCUUCCUGUCUAGGUCAGACACGGAGAGGGGUGCAAACAUGACAUGAGCGCCAACAGCUGACGUGUGAUGAGAACUUUUUUGUAACUGUAGGAGCUGAAAUAUGCAAAAAAAAAAAAAAAAGGGUCCUUGUGUGAAAAAAACAGAAUUUCCCUUUAAAGUGCAGAAACAUGAACUGUAAUUCUGAUAAGUUUUGACUGCUUGCCUCUCUGACUUUAAACACCGUCUGUCUGUCUGUCUGUCUGUUUCCUCUCCGCCUUCAGCCUUCACUCCAGCGUGCUCCACGGGGAACCUGGGUCGCGGCGCUCCAGUAACAGCACCAUGCUGGAAGGAGGGUCUUUGGGGAAGUUUGACUUUGAGGUGACUGACUUCUUCCUGUUUGGCUCUCCUCUGGGGCUGGUGCUCGCUCUGAGGAAGACCGUGGUGCCCUCUUUAGAUGGUGAGGAAGAGCCUCUGUCUUGUUACGUUUACUGAAAAGUUCCUGAUGUUCCUCGUUAAGCAGGUCUCAAAAUUAUAAAGUAUGACUGGAAAUUUGUGGAUUCUGAUGAUGUGAGAUUCCUGUCUCAAACAGCUGCAGAGCAGGUGUCAAAGGUUAGAGGUCAUGUUUCUAAACUCUAAAGAAAAAUACGUGAUUGAAGUCAGAGCUCACUUGAAGCUGAUUGUAUGUUUGUCCUCUGAGGUUUGAAGUAGAGAGGUCGCUGACCUUCAGCUGUGGGAACAACAUCUGGAUUAAUUUUCAGGCUGAUUUGAUAAUAGUCAGUCGUUUUGUCAUGUCACAGGUCAAAGUUUUUUAUUUUCAAAGUUUAUUUUGGUAUAAACACAACAGUCAUGCAAACUUUUCCAACAACCAAAUACUCAAAGUCUGAGCUGCUUCUUUGUCAUAGAAAUUUAAAGAAAUGUGCUGUUUUUAAGGCUGUCGAUACUCAGAAUCCUUAUUUGGUUCUGCUUGAUGUUAAAAAAGUGAAUACAGCUGCAACAUGUUAGAAGAAGUUCACCUGAGAAUAAGUCACUGCUCCAGCCAAAUGUUAUGAUGCGUUUGAGUUACCUUAGAAGUCAGAUAUCGGAGCUGAAAAGUACAUCACGGAAGUUAUUUUAGCGCUUGCCUUAUAUUCGGACAAGGCAAGCGCUAAAACCUCCUUGUAGAUGUAGCCAUCUUGUUUCCGCCUCCGAUUUUGCUUUUUUUCCGACUUGGUAACUGAAACGCUGGGAACUCGUGUGUGACGUCAUUUUCAGCUCAGACUUCUGACUUCCGAGGUAACUCGAACACAGCAUUAGUCCAGGAAAAUCCGCUGUUUCCCUGCAUUUGUCUUACUUACAUUUAGCUUUAAAUGGAGGACUAAAACAAAAGCCAGGGAGUUUUGGAGUUGAGUAUUUGCAAGUCUUUGACUUCUUGACCUCUCAUAUGGAGGACAGUGCCCCAGUUUGACCGCCCAAGUCCACAGAGUCCAUCACUGCUUCUGUGCUUUGAUAUCACUGUAACAGAGUAAAAGUUUUAGUGGUAUUCAAUCUUAUUUAAAAAAAACUUUUGAUCACUUUGUUCUUCUUUCCAGUGUCUGCUCUGCGUCCAGCCUGUCAGCAAGUUUACAACCUGUUUCACCCGGCUGAUCCCUCGGCCUCCCGUCUUGAGCCACUCCUGGACAAGCGUUUCCACCUGCUGCCUCCGUUCAGCGUCCCCCGAUACCAACGCUUUCCUCUGGGUGACGGGAACUCUGCCCUCCUGGGUGAGUCCUCAAACGAAGACGAAACCCUCCCUGUCAUUUUUUCUGUUUCUAGACCUGACUUUGUGCCCAACUUUUAUCUGGUCUCCUAGUCGACACGGUUCAGAGUAAUCCUCAGCUUCUGCUGGAGUCGAGCGGUUCAGCAUCUCUGCGCUACCAUGAAAACACCGGCAAUGAAACCUCCAUCCCAGUGCCUGUUCUCAACUGGCAGAGCUCACAGAUCCACUCAGAGAGUAAGUACCUGCUCUCCUCAUGCACUUUAAAGUAAAGCCACUUUUCCAGAGCUUCGAUUUAGAGCACAGAUGAAGCUCAGGUAUCAAGAUUCAGCAGUAAAGAAAUCUGUCGUCAUAGAUGUUAAACUACUGCUUUAAUUGCUGCAGCAUAAAUGCUCAGACAGGGAAGAAAAACCGUCAGAUCAGUAAUGAAAAACUCCACCAAGCACAAAAACACGUUACUGCCUCAUUUACUGCCUGCUUAAUUGUCUCACUCUUGCUGUCCUCCUACAUCUCUGUGUUCGGUCUGCUGACUCACAGCUUUGCUAACUGCACUCUUUAAAAAGUUUCAUUUUAUGACAUCAGAAAACUGGCAGAGAUCUCAGCUCAUUUUUUUAGGACUCAGCUCUUGGACGACAAAGUUUUGUCACACAGUUUUUUUAGUCCAGUCAGAACCAGCAGAACCGACGCCAGGGCUUUGUUUGAAAACCUGAGACUGUAGAAGAAGAGGAUCCAUCAGCUAAAGCAGCUGAAGUUUUGGUCAUAAAGCCCGCCUCCUCCAUGUAAACAGAUGGGGCAUGAGUCACAGUGUAAAAUGAAAAAUACAUGCUGUAAUGAUUCCUAUAAUGCCAGAGUGCAUUGCUCUUUGUCUGACCCUCCUCUUCUGUCUCUUCAGCGGACUCUCUUCAUUCUCACAUGUUCGUGGACGGUCAGUGCGCCCCCUCCACGUCCCCCGGAGUCCCUCACCUUCGUUGUCAUCGCAGGGCGAGCGAGGCCAGCUUAGCCAGUCAGGUGUCAGGGUUAGCCGACUCUUACACCGCCUCCAACAUCGCCACCAGUAAGUUGACCUCUGACCUCUUGAGUGUGAUUCAUGUUUAUGACGAAGAGCUGACAUUUGAAGUGUUGACCUUCUCAUUUCCUCCCUCCAAACAUCCCCCUCUCCCCAUGAAGUCAGCACGCCUAAGCGGCCCCGGCUGCUGACCCAGCUGGCUGUCCCCUACAAUAGGUUGUCCUCUCGGAACCCGUCAUUUCGCUUACGGCAGAAAAUCCGACAGGUGUUCCCGAAAGCCAACGGCGUGGAGUCAGAGCAGAGCUCCCUCAUUAGCUCGGACAGGACCUCUAAUACUGCCUCUGACUUCACUGAUGUCACCUCUGACAUCACAGACCUCAACUCCAUGCCCCCGUCACCCAGGGUGCUGAAGAACGUAGAGCAAGGUAUCCUGGGAGCUGUAGUAAGAGGACAUAAGGGAAGGAUGCUAGGCUCCGUCCUCGUUUCCUUGUGCUGUGUCCUUCCUCUCUCCUUAGAGAAAAAAAAGACUCCCAGAAACCUUCGUGUGUGACUUUUUGAUGCUCAGAGAACUUUUCCUACGUUUUCCAGAAAAAUCUUUGGCAUGGUUCUCAAAGAUUCAGAGGGUUUCGCGAGUUUUACUUUCUACUCUCUGACCUUCUUUUUCAUUUUUAAUUCUCUUUUGGACUCUAGUACCUUUAGUGACUUAUUCAUCACCAGAUAAGCAGAACGUAGAUCUGCAGUGGACCCAUCUAAGAAACACUACGGUGAUAGAUUUCCUGAGUCCUUAUCUUACUCUCUCUCCUCUGUCUCUUCUUUGUUUUCCACUCCCUUCCUAGUUGCCUCUCGAUGGUGGGGCAGUAAGAGGAUGGACUACGCCCUCUACUGUCCAGACGCCCUGACAGCUUUCCCAACGGUGGCUCUGCCUCAUCUUUUCCACGCCUCGUAUUGGGAGUCCACAGAUGUUGUUUCGUUCUUACUCAGACAGGUUUGUGGAGUAUUUCUGAUCCCCAGAGAAUGUAUCCUGAUGUUUUUAUGAUUUCUUUACUUUGAUUUCAGUUCACCCUGACCAUUAAGAAAGUUUAUCUACAGUUAAAUAUCCAAAUGAGUACAAAAACAAAUAACUUCUUUUUCUCCUACCAGAUGCUAAAAUCUAAAAUAAGAACAGAGCUGUAACCCCGAAACAAUCCAUCAUUAAUUUCACCAGCAGGAGUGAAAAUACACAUUUAUUUUGAUUGCUGUGACAGUCUAGGAUAUUUAGACAAAUUAUCACAACAGAUGGACGACUACAAAGACACCAGGACACCAGAAUAUCAUCAGAAAGUUUCACCGCUUUGCUUUGGCAGACUGCUGUGUCAUUGUGUUAUCUUUGGCUGAAGUGCUGAGGCGAGCAAAGGAUCCCAGCCAGUGUGAAGAUGACUGUGAAGCAGAAUCAGUGCUGCGUCUACUACUUACUAAGAGUAAAACUUUGUUCCAAGACUAUUUAUCUGAGCUUUUUGUUCUCUUAUUAGGUGAUGAGACACGAGAACUCAAGUAUUUUGGAGCUGGAUGGGAAAGAAGUGUCUGAAUUCACUCCGUCCAAACCACGAGAGAAAUGGCUGCGCAAGAGGACUCAUGUGAAAAUCAGGGUGAGCGCUCUGUUUACUUUACAAUUACACAAGUUUCAACAGGAACUUGUGUGUUUGUGAAACCUUGUCAUCUGAAGUUGUAAAUCUGUAGGAAUCACCAAUCUUUAGAGUUUAGUCCAAAAAAGAUCAGAUCAAGCAUCUUUAAACUGUUUUUUUUCCUAUCAAGAUACCCAACAUGAACUUUAUUGAGCAUGGUCAUAAAAAAAAAAACUCUUAAAUGGUUGCACCAAAAUACAAGAAACUCCCAACAGGACAGGGUUUUCUAAAUGUUGUCUAAAAGGCCAAACCCGGUCCAGAAUCCGUCUCCACAGCUCAUAAAGCUGAAGUGCGGCUCUUGAUUAACAUUUUAAUCAACCUAAAGCUUCUCUCACAUAGCUGCUGGCAGCUGCACAGUAAAAAGUCUCAGUGAGAGAGAUUUCAGGGAAUGAGGUAAACCCAAACCUUGUAAGUAAAGAGGUCAUGUCCUCUGAAAAUGGGAGAAAUCCCUGUAAAUGAAACAUGAGGAGGACAGCUGUUCAGAUUUCCUGCAUUUUCAGAACGUGACGGCUAACCACCGUGUGAGUGACGCUGUGUUUACGGAGGAUGGAGCCCAGAUGGUGAUGGGACGUUUCAUGUACGGCCCUCUGGACAUGGUCACCCUCACUGGAGAGAAGGUAGUGACAACGUCCAGCUGUGAUAUUAAAAAAAAAAAAAAAACGGUUAUAUAAUGGUAGCACCAUCUGUGUCUUUAAGGUCAUUGUGUUAUUUCCUGCAGAUUGACAUCCACAUCAUGACCCAGCCUCCCUCUGGAGAGUGGGUGUACUUUGACACGGAGCUCACCAACAGCAGCGGACGCAUCUCUUACGUAAUCCCUGAGAGCAGGAGGCUGGGCAUCGGAGUGUACCCUGUCAAAAUGGUAGUCAGGUACGAUAAGUCCCUCUCUGACUCAGGCUGUCUGGGGGGCAGGUGUUUAGAAAUCAUGUAAAGGGCACCAGCUGCAUGCAAGCGGGUCACCAGAGAGUAUAAAGGAUGAUGCAUUUAUGGUGGAGCAGCUCAAAAACCUCAGGAGUAAACAAACUGACUCAUAUGGAAAGAAGAUGUACACCCACCAAAUAAUGAAGAACUUAUAGGCGUGUUAAAGUCAGAUAUCUUUACUGCACAUGAGGCAGCCUUGAUCGAGCUUUCUCCACUAAAUCAGUGGAACUUUGUGAUGUUUUCUCCACUGGAUGGGCAGUCUUCUUGGAAUAACAGUCUUCAUCCUUUCUUGGUCAAAUAAAACCCUGAAAUUUUCGACCAAAAUUGACUAAUCAAGGGAGGGAUUUUCCAUCUCUGACAGCAAACCUUUCUGCGGCAGGGGACAAUGCCACUUGGCGGGAUGGAAAUAUACUGAUAUCAGCACAAGAAGGAUAUUAAACACGAAUAUUAUAUCAAGCAAACCAACGGCCAUUGAUUAACAUGGGCGCUCUUCAAUCUUCCCGUCUCCAGCUGGUCUCCAGUGGGUGGGGCAAAUCCAAAAUGGUGAAAACAAAGGGGGAGUGUUCUGAGACAGGCUGUUACUUGAGAAAUGGGAGUGCUCUGAAAACACUCCCAUUAGCACUUGGUACAUUCCUCCUGAUGAAAUUAACUAUAGACUGUUAAUUGACAUGGAAAAAAUUUGAGUCGACCAAUCAGAAUUUUUGGUCGACUCAGCACGUAUCGACCAAUAAGUCAACCGGUCAAACAAGGACUUUACAGCCCUAGUAGAACGAAGAGGUAAACCAACCAAACAUGGAAGACCUUGUUAAAGUCGGCUCUCUUUGCUGCACGAGGCAGCCUUGAUCCAGCUUUCUCCACUAAAUCAGUGGGGCUUUGUGAUGUUUUCUCCACUGGAUAGGCAGUCUCCUUGGAAUAACAGUCUUCAUCUUUUCUCAGUCAGUUCAGUAUUUCCAUCUUAAUCUCUUUACUUUGUCUUGCAGGGGUGACCACACUUUUGCAGACAGCUAUCUCUCUAUUGUUCCACGAGGAACCGAGUUUGUAGUGUUCAGCAUUGAUGGCUCUUUCGCCGCCAGCGUGUCUAUAAUGGGCAGCGACCCAAAGGUCAGAGCUGGAGCUGUGGAUGUUGUCAGGUAAGGUUUCCCUCUGAACUUCCUGGGUCCAUUUAAUAGAUUCACAUAAAUCAUCAAGGUAAACAAUAGUUAAGAGUGAGUGAAUGAAACAGCUAAGCUUUGCUCUGUUAAUGACCUUUAUGCAGAUACUGGCAGGACCUGGGUUAUAUGAUCGUGUACGUAACGGGCCGCCCUGACAUGCAGAAACAGCGUGUGGUGGCCUGGCUUUCUCAGCAUAACUUUCCUCAUGGUGUCGUCUCGUUCUGUGAUGGGCUGGUUCACGACCCGCUUCGACACAAGGCCAACUUUCUUAAAUCUCUCAUCAACGAGGUGAGGAAAGCCGCUGAGUCUGAGGUGGUUUCAUGAUGAAAUGCUCAAAGUUUCUAAAAUGUAACCCCGUUUUUAUCAGGCCCACAUGAGGAUCUUUGCUGCUUACGGAUCCACCAAGGACAUCUCUGUGUACUCGUCAAUUGGUCUGUCUCCAUCUCAUAUUUACAUAGUGGGAAGGCCAACAAAGAAGAUGCUGCACCAGUGUCAGGUAUGGAGUGAAUCCUGAUUCAGCAAGAGUCCAGCAUCACCAGAAUUUUCAGCCUGCUAAAUAAGUAAUACUGUUUUUUUUAGUUACUGUAGGUGCAAAAUGCUGAUCUUGUGUGGGUCCAAGCUGUAACGCAGCCACUCACCUCUAACCAGUCCUGUAACUCAUUCCAGUAAAGACUGACAUGAUGCUAAAAUGCUCUGCUAACCAGAUGCAAACAAGCACAGUUGUCAGAUGACAUCUAGAGAUGAUCUAGAUUGUAACCUGCAGGGUGGUGCAAAGGCUGGUGGUACUCACUCUGCUAAUGGUAGCCACACUCUUUUUAACUGGUUUUCCUCACUUAAGUUCUAGUUGGAAAAACAAGACUUUUUGCAGAACUACAGAGUUGGUCACUUUGGAACAUACCAAGAGACGGUUUGGUGUUUUACAGCUGAGUCGUUUAGCCAUCAGGAGAUUUCUUGCUUUCACCAACCCCCAAUUUCUACUGCAUUCAGAAUGGCUGCGAAAAGGCCGUAUGCGCUGAUCGCAGCUGACCGUUUCCAUUUAAGUUAAUGUGUCAAUUUCUACCGGCUUUACCCUGAUGACACCAUGGAUGAGGAGAAGCUGAUUCUAAACGUGGAUCUCCUCCUCUGGAAGGACAAAAUCUAUUGCUUAUAUGGUUAUGUGGCUGUCUUUAUAGAGACCACUCAUUAUUGUGCGAUUGCAUGUGAAUCCACAAGUUCUUGUGAGUUCUUGCGAUUCCCACUGUCCAAAAUCCAUAACGAAAUUCUUCUCACAAACACAGCCGGUAGGAAUUGGCGGACGACAAAAAUCGCUGCCGUUCCGUGGCAGAGCCUUUCUGGAUGCGAUGGAAAUUGGGGGUAAGAGUCAACACCUAAAGUAAUUGACCCUGAAUGUCUUCCAGUUCAUCCCGGAUGGUUACGCCUCCCACCUCUCUCAGCUGGAAUACAACUCCAGAUCUCGUCCCGCAAAGUCUCCGAGCACCCGUAUGGUCCUCCGCAAGAGCAGCUUCGGUUUGGGUGCGGCUGGAGGAGACUUCCUGCGCAAACGUAACCACAUCUUUCGCACCAUCUCCUCUCAGCAACCUGGAGGGGCGGGGUCUGCCUCCCCCAACCAGCCUGGGCGGACUGAGCGCACACUGAGCCAGUGCGAGAUGGAGCGGGAUCGAGGGGUCGCUGCUGCGGCAGCUCAGAGGAGUAUGAGCAUAGCCGCGGGUUGCUGGGGCCGCAGCGGGAGCACGAAGGAGGGCAGCGGAGGGUUACACAGCCAUAAAUGAGGCUCAAAAGGGAGCCUCAGGGUUAAAAGACCCAGCCUGGGCCACCAUGAUCUCUAGACUGAUGAAAAAGAAGAGGAGGACUGGAUGUCGGGUUUGUAUAUAAAAUAUUGAUUGUAUCAAAAAGGAAAAGAAGAGCAGGAUCAGUCAAGGAGGAGUGGACUAAUCAGGCUAAGAGGAAUCCGGUGAAGUAAAGACAGUCCUGUAGCAUGACUCUUUUACAGUAAUACUUUUAUAGGAGCAUCACUAAUUAUUCAAAAGACAACAAGGAAGGAUUAACUGAAAUAUUGUAAGCCUUAAACUAAUCUCCUGUAAAGAGACAAACCCCCACCAACUCCCCGAUCCAAACACACAGUCCUAGCAUUCACACUCAUGAGCUCAGGACAAACUGCAGAUUCAUCCCCAGACAGUCGGAACGGGUUCAAGGCCAAAUUCUGUGGCAGCCAUGAUUAAAAAAAAGCUGCUGGAUUUCACUUCUGUCUGUUUCAUCGUCAGCCAAACAAAAUGUUCUUGACACAAAACUCAACACAGCAAUGACAUGCAAUAACACCAAGGAGAAACAAGUUCAUCCAGAUUACAAAAAAAACCAAACAUAUUUUAUGGCUUUAUGUCAUAUAAACACAAGGUGCCUGUGCUCAGAGGAGAAACCCAUCCCACUACGCCCUCACGCCCACGUUUCUGCUAUAGUAUUAAGUCACAAAGCCCACCAUAUGGUCCCAAAUGUCCCUGAACAGCCAAGCAUGAAGUUAGGUGGUGCAGUGAGAGCCAGCACAUCAUUAAUCUCAGCAGCCUUACGAAUGGUUUCAGUUUAUUCCUCCAGGAUUUGCUCUCUGAGAUCACUGCCUCGAUAUAAACCCAUUACAGGAAAAACUGCCAGUUUUACAUUUUCAUCCAAAAAACAAAUCGAUUCUUCGAAACAGUGGAGAGCUAUAUCUAACGAUGUUAUUAGUCCUUUUGUUCCAUACUGGUCCAAGAAGAGAUGACAUCUGAAGUUCCACCAAAUACUCGAUGAUUCAUGGUCCCCACAGGAUAGUAAAUGUUAAACUAACUUUUACGAUCCAAACUGGAUCAGUCUAACAUCAUCUUGAAGUACAUUUACAGUGAAAGUGAGGGUCAACUAUUGCAUAGAUGUGCCAUUAAACCUGAUGAAGAUGGUCAUUGUCCCCAGAGGAUGACGCCCAUGUAUUCAUUAAUUGUUAGGUUCUCUGCGAAUGUGCCAUUAUGAGGUCAUCAUUUCAAGUUUGUUUACAUUGGAUGAGUGUGAAAUUUGAUUUCACUAUUCAAGGUGCCCAGAGGAUGGACCGUUUUCUGACUUUUGGAGAAAUAUAACUGUUAUAAGGUCACAUGUUUUACUUGACAAUUUUUAGAGGAUACAUUCUAACGACGUUGAUGACCUCUAACCUUUUCUCCACUUUUUUUAAUUUAGUGUAAACAUUGUUUUUUUGGUUCAUGACAUUCCCACGAGCCUCCGAUGUACUUGUGGUUUUGUGCCAAUUUUUAAAAUACAAGCAUGUUUAUACAAUAAAUUACCAUGAUUAACAUCUAAAUAUUUACAAUGUGACCAAGAGGGUACUUUAAUACUGAUGAGAACGCUGCUAAAUUGAUAAAGUUUGAUGUGUUAAUCAAAAUCAUCUUUCCUGGAUGAGAGCGAGUUCAGGUACAGUAAUCUUGACUGUUUUUACAGGACUUAAACUGCCCACAGAGCCAUGUCUCAUGUGAUGCAAGGACUUUUGUAAUCUGGAUGAACUGACCUUUUUAAAACUCUAAGAGCUGCAUCUGAAUUCUUCAAGUAUCAGAAAUGAAAGAGCCUUUUGUCUCAGUCUAAAAAUAACUGUGUUCAUCAUUGUAUAUAAUUACAUAAUCCUUGCAGGUUGCUUGUCCAGUAAUCAUCCCACUGUGCGUUAUAUUUGUAGUUUUUCCCUGUCAGCGUGGCCUCUGGGCCAUCAGAUCCAAGGCCUUAAUAUCUGACAAGACUCGAACUCCACAGAUGGAACAGAAAGCAGACAAACAGGGCAUGCAGCAUUAAGCGACAACUGAAACUCUGUACAGUCCUCAGCAACAAUCCCUUUAUACAGUCAUCUGCUUGCAAUACCUCUCUGAUCCACCUGAAGGUGGUGCUCUGUUCCGCACAUGUGCUGCUGCAGGGAGGAACUCCAAUUGUUCCCUGGCUUUUUGCUCUUUUUGCUUUGCAGGGUAAGAAAGAUGAACUGGUUUCUGCAGAGGAGCUUGAAUAAUUUUUAGACUGGACCCUGGGAGGAAAGUAAGGCAGUAUUUCCACAAAGUUUUCACAAACAGAGACCUGUUAGACUUUCAGUAUUUUUACCAAAUGGACAGCAGAAUGGACAAGAGGACAUUCAACAACAAUGUUGAAAAGACUGGACUGACCCUUUUCAUGAUGAAUGUGGAGAUGAGAUUUGAUGAGAGCAAACACUGUCUGCUGCUUUUAUCUACUGAACUGUAUAUUUUCAUGCAAAGGGGACAUAAUAAGGAGAAGCCACCUCACAUCCAAAAUCACAAACCAUGUGCACAAAAAGUCAGGAUUUCUCUGUACUGAUGCCAACCAAGCUCACUAUAAGGUUCACAAUUUUAAAGUUGGUCUUUAAAAAUGUCUUUCUGUUCGUAUUACUUUGCAGUCAUCAUUUCAUUAUAAAAGAUUUUCAAAACACUUCCCCUGUAAGUGAAGGAUAAAUACACCUCCAACUGAUCUUAUUUUAGCCUUUUAUAGUGCUGACGUAGAGGUUCAGCAGUCCAAGUUAAUCUGAUCAAGCGAAUCUUCAACAAAUGCAAAGUUUGUCAAAAGACAUUUUUGUCCACUUGGAUUUUAGGCCACCUAAUUUCACAACAAAUAAUAACCUGUUGUCGACUCAUGUAAAUUAUGGCAUUGUAAGUUUUCAUCUGCAAAUAUGUAGCAGGCUCAGACAGUAUGGUCUCUAAACAGGAUAACUGGUACCAUCAGCAUAAACCAGAUUUUUGUUGUUGUUUUUUAAAUCCUGUUCUGCUUUUGUUCCCUGUGGUGUUCCCUAAGGCUCCAUCCUUGGUCCCAUUUUGUUUUGUUUUUUACUAGGCUUCAAUUCUUCUUGAUACCAAAUGAUAAUCUACUGACCCUUUAUAACGGAUAUAUGAUGAUCAUAUCCAGCUUUUGGGUCACAUCAUAUUAAGUAAAAACAAUCCUCAUUUUAUGUUUGGAAAACUCACAAAUGCUGGAGUUGUAAAUGUCCACCAUCACCUACAGUGGAAGUAUACACAAAUACUUUUGAAGGACCAGGAUGGCUGAAGCAGGCUAAACCUAUUUUUCACAUGAAAAUCUGCAACUGUCUGUUAUUAUAAGCAGGAUUUAAAAUUGUGAACCUAUCCCUUUACUCAUACAGGCUUAUAGACUUAAGGUGUGGAGCAGAAAUAACUGCUUCACUUCAUUUUACUAUGCUGUUAUUUUACUCCUAGCUUCCACACAACACAGGAGUGUGUUUCUACCCUGUGUGUGAUCAGUAAUGUCUUCAACCCACCACAAGAGCCAAAAUCAUUCUCUGAUACUGUAGUAAAUCAACUAUGUAACCUCAUUGUUAUUUUUUUGCACUAGUUUACAAUGAAAAUAAUCUGUAGUCACCAUCUCAUGUACCACUGUAGUGCAUGACACUGUUUGUUCAUUUCAGGGUAAAUUGUUUCUACAGGUACGCACACUUCUUUGUCAGCAUAUGGAAAUAAUGUAAAUGUGCCAAACAGUAGAAGAUUAUUGAGAAGUAUUAUUAGAGCAGGGGUUUUCAAAAUCUGGCACCGGGGGUUCUUAAAAAUCUCCCUUUUUGUUAUUGAUCACACUCUGAUUGAUAACCAUGCUCUCAGUUUUGGCUGUGGAGUUCUUCUGAAACUAAAAAGAAGCCCUAAAAAUUACCAUUCACAGGCAGGUUUUACAGGUGUAAGAUGCACUGAUUUUUGGUGUCUUCUCAGAGCAGAUUUAAGGAAAUUUAUUCCCUAUGAACAACAGGUACACCUCGAUAAAUGUAAGUUAUCUCAAAAGCAAAAAAUGUUUCAACUGUGUCAGUGUGAUAAAUCCAAAACUCAGAAUUAGUGCAAUUUAUGGCACAAUUUUUUCCUAAAGCUGAUAAAAAUCUAAAUUGGACACUGGAAAUAUCUCUAAAACAUGAUCAAAAUAUAUAUAUAUAUAUUUCAAUCAUAUCUGUUUGUCCAGACUGAAAUAGGUGUGAUUUAUGGCGCAAUACUACUGAUAACCAGGCCCCCCUUUGUAGACCUUUCAACACCUUCUUGUCUCAAAUUUUGAAAACUCCUGAUUUACUUUUUAUUGCAGUAAUAACGGAGAAGUAUUGAUCGCUUAUACUAAUUUGACUGGACUUAACUGCUGGUGGCCAGUUUUUCUUUUUGUCUUUUAUUACCCAUGUCUGAGGAAAAAAGUGUCUUUUAACAGAAAACGAAAGAUGUCCUUUAACUUUGAGAGCAGAGAUGGAGCGUGUUGCUGUAAUUUUGGAAUAUUAGCUAUUUUGCAAGAACUCAUGGACUUCUGCAUUGAGUUUUUGUUGGUUUUAGGCCGCAAACACAUUGUCCCCCUUCAGCCAUUCGGCUGCUGUGUUGAAUGUCUGCUCAUUUGGAUUCUGAGAUUGAUCAGGAGCCAUGGAUGUGUCACUGUACAUAUUGUAAAGAUGUGUAUGUAGGACUUCUAUGUUCAAGAGUUAUUUAUUUACCUAUAAAUCAUUAUGUUACUCUGGAAAUUUCAGGUGAAAUAUAUUUGAAAUAUGUAGCAUUUUAUUUGUCACUUCGGCAGUCAUUAAGGCUAUACGGACCAACACAGGAAGGUUUUUUGUUUUUACAAGUGCAAUAUUAUUAUUCCAAUCACAGCCAGGCAGAACCACUACCACAGCAGGCGCACAAUCUGCCACAACAGUCUGAAAUCCUACACACACCACCUGCAGUCCUGUUUCACACCUUGUGAAAUGUAUUUGUAUUCUAGCUAAUGUUGAACUCUGCUGUCUCUUUACAACAGUCCACUGCUGAGCAUUUUAUAGGACUUCCUGUACCUAUUUUUCAAACUGGAGUAUUUUACUAUCACUUUGAAAUAUAACUGGAGACUGAUUUUCAGUCAGCAGUGGGUGCAUGAAGAAGUAAACCCCAUAACAAUGCAGCUAUAUUUAAUAAGCUGUUGCAUGUCAUCAAGCCAGAUUGGAAAUAAUUAAUCUUCAUGCUAAACAAUAAUAAACCAGAUGUGUUGUCCACAAUGUCUUCAUUGUUUGUUGAAUUAAAUAUUUGCUGAAUUUGUUUGGUACUAUGAUAA